AUGACUACCAGUUCAACUACCCGAUUAUACGUCGAAUCCACCGAUUAUUCGUCGACUAUGCCGUACGAGGCAGUCCCACUUAAUAAUCUUGGCACCAAUGGUUACAGGAAGUUGAGAAACAACGGGAAAACGCGAUCAAACACUGAAGAAGAAGCGGGUUACGGAUCCACUAACGAUGAUACACCUCUGAUGCCAGUUGUUGUUGAUGACGGUUUUGACGAUGAAGAAGGCUACUCAGAGGGUUAUCAGUCCGAUGUCGGUGCUAAAGAUAGGAAGAAGCGGAAAAGGAGGAGAGAUAAGGAAGGUUGCUGCAAACGCUGUUUUAAAUUCUGGUGUUGUUGUGGAUUUCUGUCUUCCUGUCGAAGGUGAGAAAUACAUCUAAGAUCACAAAAAUAUCAACAUAAAUGCGAUGGAAUAGCCUGAUUUUGUUUAUUACUUGUUACUGAUUUAUUGUUUUGAUCACUAGCUGUCCAUUGAUUGCACUUGAGGGUGCCACAAAAUGAAAUAUGGGGGACAUAUGAGGCCGAAAUGAACAUAGUUCAUAAUUAUUUAAACUUAAUUAACAAGCCAUUUUAUUGAAAUGAGCUAAAAUUUAAAUUAAUUUGGAAAUUAAUUUUGGUCUUAGCUCUUUUUUUUCAAUAUCGCUUUGGUAGUUGAUGUUUUACUCGCUAAACGCUGGUCAAGGAUAUAAGCAUAUCUCUAAAGACUUUAAGAGCGAAUGCACAGGAAAAUCGAGCAAACCGUGGCCACAGCUCAAAACCUAACCUACCCUCAUUUUAAGUCUGUAAUAAAGUUUUAAUGAGUUUAUAACACUGCUGAGGUUUAAAUUUCAAAAUGCGGCCGAGUUUGGGAAUUAUUUGAGAUUUUCGAUUUCAACGGUCCGCGGGCCUAAAAUUAGCCGCCGAACACGGCAAUAUAGCCUAGCGACAGAAAUGAGCUGACUUUCAUAAACGAGCGAAUAUAUUGGCAAUCUUCCGCUUAAAUCUCAAAAAACAGAUAGUAACAAUUUCUAAACAGCACAUUUUUUUAGAUUUAGAGCAUAAAAUAUCGGCGAACGAGCACAAUUUUGAAACGUAAUUUGCAUAAUGUUUAUAAAUACAACAAUUUACCGCUAAAACCAAAAUCGAAUUUUCUAUAUGGGGGAAUUCUCCAAAUCACCCCAAGUCCCGCUUACUACCUAAUGAGAUAUAGUACUUCAACAUUAUCUGAAAGUUAGUCUGGUGUUCUCGCGAACGCUUGUAAAAUAGAUUGAUUAUUUUGAGGUUAUUUUGCCCCAAACAACCGCUAAUUGACCCCAGGGUCAGUUGACACGUGCACGUCACCUUAGUUUUAUGCAUCGAUUUGAGCUCGUUAAAAGGGAGAAACUAACAAGGUUUUUUUAAUAUGUACCUGUUUUAAUGAAAUACAAGCAAUCUUCAAAAGGAGAGGCAGUUCAAUGGGUAAUGUCUGUUCUUGAGAUCUUGUAGAUUGUACCAUGGCGUCUGUGAGUGGACCUGAGUCUAGGUCUGUUUUCCCGUGACUGCGAAAUCAGAAUAACAUCAUGAAAUAAUUCUCGCUCGAACCUUCGUAAAUGAAUCCGCUUUGCAGUGCCUUACCUGAGAUAAAAAGUGGGCCGAAAAGGAAAACAUUCUAGCGCAAUUUGGAUCCUUUGCAGCACGCAGUGUAUUUGCUAAGCGGCGAUGGUAUCAGUGACUUUUAAUUAGUUACUCACCUCCGAUUGCGUGACCAGGCAAUUAUCGAUUGUCUCCUGCGAAAAAUAAGUGCACGGGAAACCAAAGCUUUCGGGAUACAGUAAAUUCAUUUUCCUGUAUGCCCAGGUGUCCUUUUGUCCUAUUUUAAAAGCGUUUAACUAAGAUGAUUAGCAAACAUACUGUCCCACUUUUAAAAAUGGUACAGUAACUGAAUGUUCUGUUCUUCUGAUUUUACCCCCAACCCCGGAGUGUUUAGAAGAUAUAUUUGCACUACGCAUGAAAGGCAAAUGGAUUAAAUUUUAAGGUUCAAGGCGGUUUUAAGGCAUGGGUUACCAGUGGAUUAGUCAGACUUCUCAUAAGGUGCGUUGAACGGAAAAUUACAGGCAUGAUAUCUCUGCUAUUGUAUAUAUGUCCAUUAAGUGAUUUUCCAGCAAACAUUUUUUUUGACUUUUUUUUUACCCCAAAAGUUUUUUCCGUUCAAUUCUUAUCUAUGAGAUCUAAACUUAGUUAAAUUUCUGUAAUUUGUUGUUAAAUGCAAUUCUGCAAACAACCAAGUAUUUAAUUUUGCGUAAAAGCUACAUGAAAUUGUACUGUUUAGCCGUAAAUCAUAAAAAGAGAAAGCAUCAUGCUUUCUCUUUUCAAGUCUAGUAGGACUUAAGCAAUGGCAUUGCUUAAGUCCUAGUAGUUGUUCUCCAUGUCUGCUAAGGAGGAAAUAGUUUGCUCUUUUCAAGAAAUUGUUCUUGCCCAUUGCGGUUUCAAACCAAGGAUAGCAGCAAGUUUGUCGUGGUCAUAUACUGCUACUUCAGUGCAAACGAAACAUAGGAGCACAAGUCAGCGCUUGCGUUUAGUCAGGUGCCGAAAAUGAAGUGGAGGGCGUCCAUGUUCGCUCCGGCUCGAAAAGGUAGAAUCAGUUGUGCAGUAAAAAGUAAUGCGAAAAACCUGCGUGGGCUGGGGAAAGAAAGGCGUCUUAUUUUUCUUUGCCUUGUUCUAUUUUCGCGACGUGGUACAGGCUACGAAAUACUGACAAGCUCAGUACAUGUCUUCACCACCGAGAGUCACUUGCCCUUAGCCGGACACGCCCCUCACGUAUCAUGUUCGUUCCUAAAGUUAUUUCAAAGCACAGAACCAAACCUAAUCAGCGGCCGAAGGCAGAAAAGGGGAUGAGCAAACGGAUGUCACCGCAUAUUUUGCAAGAAACUGGUAUCCUUGUGCCUAUCGGCUCAGGAACGAUUAAUUACUACUAGAAUUAAUAUCAGGGUCAGAAUUUGAGUGCUACAGUGGGAGGAAAGGAAGAAAAGGAAACCGCCGCGCACACCUGUUAAGUCUUUUAUAAACUUUCUCGUCCUGACAGUUUACAGUGUCUGUUCCAGGUGUCGAAUUAAUCUUACAGCAACUGGAAACGUGGCCACGCCUGCUGAAACUGAGAUUGCUUGUAGGAUGAACGGCUAUAGUUUGGUAUAUUCACGAGCGCGUUUUGUCCAGUGAACUGAGUGCGUAGUUUUUCUUAACGAAGGGAUGGGGUGGGUCAAGUGAAUAGUUCGGGGAACGUUUGCUCUCUUUAGAGGGGGUAUAUUUGUUGAUAUCAAGAGUUCUGGCCUGGAUAGAGUCGUUGUAAAGCUAUUUUUGCUUCGGAGUAUCGGUUUACCGGAAGCUGAGCAAGGAAAAGUCAAUGGUGCAUUUAUGGAAUAAUAAUAGAGAUUCUCAUGGUCUAACAGUGCGAAGAUUAGACUUCUGGUAAGGUGGCAACGAUCAAGGCCCGCAUUAUAAUUCAUAAUAAUUGAAGGUCAUGAUGUAAAAAAAGCGACUGAAAUGGUGGAUGCCGUGCAAUCCUCUCGGGUGGGGCGGCGUACCUGGCCUUAAAGGUUGCCCCUGCGAGAGAAGGCAAGCAUGCCCAGAUUGUCCACGGGUUGCUAAAUGAGACCGUCCCUUUCUUAGUACGGUUCCCUGUCUUAAAAUUAGACCCGGGCAAAUUUCUCGAGAUUGCACCGUCAUUUUGGGCUUAAAGCUUCCAAAGUCCAACAAUAAUAGCGCAUGUUCGCGACGGUUUUUAAAGUCAGUCACGUUCUUAAACCAGGCCUUAAACGGCCAGUUUUAAGUGUCGAUAACAGUUAAAAAGGCAUACAAGCCUCAUGCAAAAGACAGUGGGAAGGAAGUGCACAUCGGUGAUGGGGAAAAAGGAGUAGCCCACAGUUAUUUAGGGGUGGAUCUUUCGAAACAUUCUUAUACUCUUGGACAGAUAUGCAUUGUUUAAAGUUUUAGACAAACCAGGUGUAAAUUUAUAGUAAAAAACUGUUAAAUAUACAUCAGCAAGAUUUUUGCGAAUCCUAUUUUUCGCUGGAGACUAUCGUUUACUGGCCGGUCACGCAAUCAAGGGUAACGUACUUUCCUACGUUUGUUUACUCACCUUUCGCUCAGCAAUACACUGCGUUCCACAAAGGAUCCAAAUUGCGCUAGAAUUGUUUUGCUAUUCGACCCACUUUUUAUCUCAGGUAAGGCACUGCAAAGCUGAUUCACUUACGAAGAUUCGAGGGAAAAUUAUUUCUUGACGUUAUUGUGAUUUCGCAGUCACGGGAAAACAGACCUAGACUCAGGUCCACUCGCAGACGCCAUGGUACAAUCUACAAGAUCUCAAGAACAGAAAUUACCCGUUGAACGGCCUCUCCUUUUGAAGAUUGCGUGUAUUUCAUUAAAACAGGUACAUAUUAAAAGAAUCUUGUUAGUUUCUCCCUUUUAACGAGCUCAAAUCGAUGCAUAAAACUAAGGUGACGUGCACGUGUCAACUGACCCUGGGGUCAAUUAGCGGUUGUUUGGGGCAAAAUAACCUCAAAAUAAUCAAUCUAUUUUACAAGCGUUCGCGAAAACACCAGACUAACUUUCAGAUAAUGUUGAAGUACUAUAUCUCAUUAGGUAGUAACCGGGAUUUGGGGUGAUUUGGAGAAUUCCCCCAUAUAGAAAAUUCGAUUUUGGUUUUAGCGGUAAAUUGUUGUAUUUAUAAGCAUUAUGCAAAUUACGUUUCAAAAUUCUGCUGGUUCGUCGAUAUUUUAUGCUCUAAAUCUAAAAAAUGUGCCGUUCAGAAAUUGUUAGAUAUCUGCUUUUUGAGAUUUAAGCGGAAGAUUGCCAAUAUAUUCGCUCGUUUAUGAAAGUCAGCUCAUUUCUGUCGCUAGGCUAUAUUGCCGUGUUCGGCGGCUAAUUUUAGGCCCGCGGACCGUUGAAAUCGAAAAUCUUAAAUAAUUCCCAAACUCGGCCGCAUUUUGAAAUUUAAACCUCAGCAGUGUUAUAAACUCAUUAAAACCUUAUUACAGACUGAAAAUGAGGGUAAGUUAGGUUUUGAGCUGUGGCCACGAUUUGCCGAUUUUGCUCGAUUUUUCUGUGCAUUGGCUCUUAAUUUGUAGUCCCUGACAGUUUGACAUCAUUGAAGACCAGUCUCUGCUGAGGGCAACGCAAUAAAUUUUUUUUUACUCUGGUGGAGAUAGCAGCACUAUAAAAAUCAAGGGAACUAACAGACCUCAAGUCUGUGUUCUAAGAAAAAUAGAAGGGAGCUCUCUGCCCUGAACUGCUGCUAGGGCUAGGACGCUACAUGUCGAUAAUUUUAAUAUUUGAUUUAAAUCGAAUUUGUUGUUGGUAAUGGUCAAUACUGACCAAUCAACAGAUAUCUGAAAUCGAUAAAAGUAAAUCAUAAAAUUUCCUGUGAUUAUCGACUGCUAUCAAAAUUGGUGUUUGAGUUUGAUUUUUAUCUGAAAACUAUUGGUAGACGUAAAGGAUCAGAGGCAACAGUUUCAAUAUCCGUAAGCAAAUUAUUAACAUCCAUUCAAAAAGUUUUGCGCCAUUUUUAACUUGUACACAGGAUUUUCUUGAAAGUCUACUUGAGCUUUUGCAACAUUUGUUCGAAUAGAUUUUACAAUGUAUAUUCAUUUGUAACUGAGUAGCAUUCUUGUGCAUUCAAAGAAUUGGUAACAUCCAAAUCCUUCUCCUUACGCAACUUUCAUGUUAAGUUCGCAUAAAUCCUCAGCAGAUAUUUUCUGAAAAGUCCAAGAAGUCUAUCAAUUGAUUAUCUAUCUUGAGAACAUUGUGAUUAUCAACUUUUAUCGACGAAUUAAACCAAUCAAUUGACAAUUAUUGACAUUUAUCUAGCACUAUCAACCAAUAUCGACUAGCUUUUUCAUGAUCAAUGUCUAUUUAACAAGUAGAUUCCACAUUGUCAUGGGUUUGUUCAGUAAUAGAUCACAGAUGACGUCAAAAUGUGGUAAAAAAAAAAAGAAGUGGCACAUGAUUGCAUGAGCCACAGAUGAGUGUGUCACUGAUGUUUUUACUGCACUUUGACUUCUUCCAUGGUCUAUUACUGAACAGACUUAUAGCAGCAUGGAAUCUAUUUGUUUUAUACAGUGAAGAGAGAAGAAAAAACGAUUUACACAUACUUGCCUCGUAAUGCUUGGCUGUUUGAGGGCUUGUGUUAGUUUAGGCAUUUUUAAGUCCCAAACGCUGCUUUUUGUCUCUGUUCUUCUUUACUUCUUUACACAGUUUCUCGAAAAAGUUUUUUAAUGCCUUCACUCACUCAAAGUAGAAUUAUAAUCGCAAAAACGCUUUGCAAAUUAUCUGCAAGUCUCUCAUAGUGAUGACAUACUGUGGUAAUUGUACGUUGUGAAGUUUUCUUUCACUUUAGGCAUUCUCAAGUUGUAAAGAACUCUUUUUGUUUCCGUUUCUUCAUUUUUCUUCUUUGUAAAUGGCUCCUGCUAAACUUUUUUGGAGGCUUUCACUUGUUUUAUCCGAAAUAAUCUCACAAACAUUUUCAAAACCACGUGCCAUGUUGAGCAAAACAAAGAAAAGAAAUUUUCCUGUGACGUCAUCCAUGUAUCUGUACUCUAAUAGAUUAUGGGCAAUGACCAAUCACAGGGCGCAUAGCAUUAUUGUAUAACGACAUAUAACGUCCUGCUAGAGCACGUCAGCCUUGAACUUAUGCCGUGAUGUUGCUGAACUCUGUUACAUGUAUUAUUUUUUCCUGCACAGCUGCUUUGAUAGACUAAUGGGAAAAAUUGAGAUGAAACCAAGAACAGUUGUUUUAGGAAGAGAGGUUUGUUAAAUUGAAAGUAACUUUUAUCGCUUUCAAUUGUUUUGACAGUAGGGAAUUAAAAAAACAAAAAAAUUUGAUUUUUUUAGGGUAAUUAGAAUCUACAUCAUUGUGUAGGUAGCCGAAUCCCUUAUUAAAAAGUUUUCCUUUAGAAAGUAUUAUGUUUAUGUUAUGAUAAAGUCCUGGGGCUGCAUUCAGCAUGUAUACUGCAGCGGGGGAAGGGGGGGGGGGUUGCUGGGGGAAAGAGAUAUUUUUUAAGGGGCCGGAAAAUUUUUUCAUAUCCCCUCACAUCAUACUGAGUCUUUUGACAUUCCCCCUCUUGACCAAAAGAAAAAAUGACACCCCCCCCCCAACCAGGAGGAAGAGACUGAAGCUAGCUAGCAUGUGCUUGAUCCAGGGAAAUUGCAUACCAGGGCCAUGUGGCAGCUUAGGUUCAGUAAUAAAUGCAAUCGUCCCUGGUUAGGUCAAAUUUGGGACCAAGACUAGCAAAGAACAAGCUCAAAUGAAAAAAAAGACAAACAAAGAAAAAGCCAACAAAAAAGCAGGUGAAAAGCUAUACAGCUGGUGCUAAAAGAAAUUGAAUGACCUGAUCAGUUAAGCACAAAAAGAAAAGAGAAUAGCAAGUCAACCUACCUCUGAAGAAAGGUCCAUGUACUUAACAUUCAUUGAAAUACAAAUCUCUCGAAAAGAGGAUAUGGAAGAAGUUAAUUCACUAUUUUUAAUGUUUUAUCAUGGUUUAACUAAUAACAAUGUUAUUGAGUAAGUGAAAGUAUUGACUGUUUAAAAUACUUUAUUUUUUUCAGUCUGCCACACAGCAGUUUCCUCGUAAUGUUAUUCGUAACCAAAAGUACAAUAUCAUCACUUUUAUUCCACUGGUAAGUAUUUGAAAUAUUUCUUAGUCUAUGGUAUAUUGGAUGUAAAUUUUCAGGGCAUAAGUGGCAUGAAAGAUUCAUGAUGUCAUCUGUGGCAUUGUUUAAAUUUUGUUACAAGGCACAGUUACUGUAACAUCAAACAUAGUGCAGUAGUAUAGCAUGUAAGAAGGGUCUUGAUCUUCCCAGAAAGACAUGAAGAUUCAGUCCAGGACAAUUGAGCCAGAUGUUUGCUUGGUCAAUUAACAUGUGGUCUUUGAUCAGUUUUCUUGGUGUCUGAAGAAUGGUUAGAAAUAAGCAAUGUUGCUGUGAAUAGCCUGCAAAAUUUAAGCAGCCCAGCUUCCUCUUUUUUCUAUGAAACUCUUGUCCUCAUUGACAGCAGAAUCUUGCAAUUCUCAUAAUUGAUGCCUUUUUUGCAGAUUCUUUGAGAGCCCUACAUGUACUGUACAGUGUAUAGGCAAACAGGGGCCAAGGCUUUAAGGGGCAAUUAACAAAUGAAAAGCCCCCCAAAACAGUUUAAUGUGCUACAGUUUUUCAGAUUCAGUACAUGUAUGCCCCUGAACUUUGCAUACAGAGCUGUAUUAAUCCUGUUUAGGCCUUUUGAGAACACUGUACUUGGUAUCUAUUAAGAGCAAAUAUCCUUCUUUGGUUUUCAGACCCUGUAUAACCAGUUUAAAAUCUUCCUGAACAUGUACUUCCUUGUAGUAGCUACUUCACAGUUUAUUCCUGAUCUCAGAAUUGGAGCACUGUAUACUUACUGGGGGCCACUGGUAAGCAUAGUUAAUUAAUUAAUCAAUUAAGCAAUUACCAUAAACUGCUGUGUUUAUUAGCCUUGGCUUAUACUGUAUAUCUUCGUAAGGGGUCUUAGGAGGGUUUAUGAAUGGAGGGACAUAUCUGACAGGGCUUAUAACUGGAAUAGGAAAGGCACUUCAAAACAAGCUACAGCAGACACAGUGCUGAUCAAAAAUUGUUUUGCAUUAAUUUUACUGGAUUUUCGAAACAUCAUAAAAAUCAAAUUCAUUUCAAUGAAAGCAAGAGUUGGGCCUAUCUAUGGUAGUGGGGGCUUUUUAUCAGAUGUAUUUUUUUUUUCAGGUAGGUGGGCCUUUAACUGCGGGGCUUAUAAGUGGGAGGGGGGCUUAUUGGAGGGGGGAGGGGUGGGCUUAUUAUCGUAUGUACUUUUUUCCAGGUAGGUGGGCCUAUAAGUUUGGGGCUUAUGAGUGGUAAUUUAUGUAGUUGUGUAGUUAAUUUAUUCAUUUCUGGAGCAAAUUAAACUAAAAGUUUUCAAAUGCUCUUUACAAUCAAUUUUAAAAAAACUAUAUAAAUGGAUGCAAAUUGAUAAAAAAAACAACAACAUUGCAAUCAAUGACAUUUACACUUGUAUUAAAUAAAUAGUAUGAAAUAAAUGAUUUAAAUUUAAAAUUGCAUUGUAAGUCCCAUACAGUUAAAAUAGUGAUAAUUUGCUAAACAAAUGUUUUGAUUGUUUAGAAAAAAACUCAAUCUAUUUUUAUCUAUUUUACAGGCUUUUGUUGUGUUUGUGACAAUGUGCCGUGAAGCUUAUGAUGACUUUAUAAGGUUUAGAAGAGAUAGGGAAGUCAACUCCCAACAGUACAAGAAACUUACAAAGAAAGGUCACUAUUAAUGAUAGUAUGUAGUUUUUGGUCACAGUAUACUAUGUAGAAACAGAGCAAGAAGUCAUUUGUUGUCACACAGAAGUCAAAAAUAAACUAAUCUUAGCUAAUUCAGACUUGGGGUCUUAUCAACACUAUUUACAUUGUCAUUAUCAUCACCAUCAUCACAAUAACUUGAAUUCCAGCUUGUCUUUGGGUAAGGUCACUUCUUGUGUUCUUCUUAGUUAAUUUUGUUAGAGGAUGACUUGCCUGGACCUCUGCCCAUCAGGCAAGUAAGCUUUAAAAGUUACUGUACUUGCUCAGAAGAAAAUCUGCUUGUCCUGUACGAUCAGACAGGUCAUUUUUCAAGCCGUGCAUCAUGACUAAUUUUUUAGCGUUAAUAUAUUAUUAUUAUUUAAACAUAUUUCCUCAAUCAAAUAAAUAAUUCUUUUCCUGCAGAGCCUUCCCACACCCCCCCCCCAAAAAAAAAAGAAAAGAAAAAUUUUUUUUUCACUCUAUCAACCUAAAUAAAGUAUAGUUAAAAUUAGGAGAGACGAAAGGAAGUUACAUAAGGGAUCGAUCAUUUAGUCUUGUCACCUCAUUUGGCACUUGUUAGUCGACAGGCAGGAAAGCCCCAUGAUAUCCAAAGUUGCAGCAGAAAUUUGCAUUUACGCUGAAGCCUUAUUGGCAGGAUUGUUAAAUUUAGUCAAGCUUUUGCUGGGAUACAAAUUAGUGAAGCAUCCACUGUGGGAUAAAAUUGGCUGCAAGGCAUAUUGGCCAUUUAUUUGAUUAAAGCAUUUUAAAGCUUGAAGAACUGAGACACCUAUUAAAUUAAAACGCUAUUCCAAUGAACGUGAGGGCCAGUGCACCCUCUGUACCCCAGAGGGGUGCAAGGAGCUAGCCCCACCCAGGGAAAAAACUAAACAAUUGACACCCGAAACUUACUAGUUGCUGUUUGUUAAUUUUUUUUAGUUCAAGGCAUUCUUGUGAGUUAAAAGGUAACACAAAUUAAAUUUCCAAAAAAUGAAAAAUAUGUUGGAUGUGUUGUUGUGUUUGUUUGCUAGGUAUUGUUAACGUGCCAAGCUCAGCCAUUAAAGUAUCAGAUCUCAUUAUUGUUGAAAAGGUAUGUGCAGUAUAUGUUGUGGGUAAAAUCCAGUCUCAGGUUGAACCACAAUUUUAUUUGUCUCCUCUGAACUGGGGCUUGGAGACAAAGGGAAUUCUGAAUCAACCUAGCUUGAAUACUGGUUUACUAGAAGGUUUUACCUACAACUCAUUCUUUCACCCUUAAUCAGGUGAAAAUGCAUCCACUGAGGGAAUUUUUUGAACUGUUCCUUCUUAUUGUGUGAGCGUGAAGUGAGGUUGGUUGCUAGAUGUCUCUCAAGCUCCUUUUUGAUAUAAACACAAAGAUUAAAAGCUAAUGUGCAGCCAUCAGUAUACACCAACUGGUCAUGAAUGAAGUAUUUUGCUGAUGUAUGGUGAAAUAUUGAGAAAAUUGCCCUUGCAGAGAUUAACAUGGCCAUGGAGAAGGUAAUAAUUUAUUGUAACUCCACCUUGCUUGCAUUAAAUUUAAUAACUGGCUAAUCACAAUACAAGAUUUAGUUAAUAUCUUUAUCAUAGCGUAUCUUUUACAUGAUAUACUACCAUCCAUAAUAUAAUAAAAAGAUUUGGUCACAAUUAUUGCAUUAAAAGGUAUUCCUGAGCUGUUGACUCAUUAAAUUUCCUUGUUUGACAGGAUCAAAGAGUUCCAGCUGAUAUAGUAUUCCUGAGAACGUCAGAAAAAAAUGGUAAACUGAUUCACAAGACGUCUAUAGAUAGGACUUUUUUACAUCUAGUGAUUGAAAUUUUUCCCAUUUAUAUGAAUUUAAUUUGUUGGCCCAGUUUUGUUUUUGUCUCACCUUUUAACUGUUGUUGAUACAUCUUACGAUGAUGUCAAGGCAUAUGCCAAACAAGGUUAUCCAACUACCCAUGAAUUUUGAUGUAAAAAAAUAUUUUCUUUUCAGGGGCUUGCUUUCUAAGAACAGAUCAAAUGGAUGGUGAAACAGACUGGAAACUCCGUUUAACUGUACCACCAUGCCAAAGAUUGCCUUGUGAUGAUGUAAGUGAAAUACGGGUGUGGAAUGAGGUAUUAUUAAUAAUAGAAAAAGACAUGACUGUACUAACAAUAUUGAAGUCGAGUCAUGAGUGGUCUUGAGGUUGAUUAAGGUACAUGGCUGUGUAAAGUACUCACUCAUGGGGAAGAGUUUUAAUGGCUCUUAUGCAUGAAUACAUCUUGAAAAUGAGUAAAUUUCACCAACAAGCCUUGUUUGUAAGCAAACUUCUUCACUUCUUGGGAAUUCAUUUAAUAUGCAAAAUUUCUCAACUUUUACAAUUUCAAAAUGGUGGUGAAAUUUACUCAUCUGUUGUGAACAUGCAUAAGGGCUAUUGAUGUUGCUUUUAAUGCAUUAUGAGAUGGAUGACUAACUUAUUUUACAGAUUGUAGCUAAAAGAUAGAACUUGUGUGGCAAAUUUAGUUUAGUUGUUUUAAUGGUUUUGCUUUGCUUUAGGAUUUGUUGAACAUCAGUGCCUCUGUUUAUGCAGAAAAGCCACAGAAAGACAUUCAUUCUUUUGUUGGCACAUUUACACGGGUAAGUUCCAUCACAUGCAGUAUAUACCAUAUUCAAGCUACCCAGUUCUAGAGACUUAUGCUGGACAGUGGUAAUAACAUAAGGACAGUGGGAUUGAUAUUAAAUAAACAAUCCCUUAUCUGUACAUGCAUUUGUAUUUUUAUUGGUACAUGUCUCUCUUGUUCUCUGUAGAAAGGCGAAAUCACUAAUUCAAGACACAGUGUUCAUUGUUAAUAGUUUUAAGCUUAGUGAACUUCACAAUAAAUCAUACUGAACAAUUUAAUAUUCAUUCAAACCAACAUAAGACUUGUUUUCAAAAGAUGUUAAUGAAAUUGUGGGCGUUACCAUGUCUCAUUGUUACUUAAAGACGUUAUCAAUUUUGUGAUGCUUUGCCAUAAUGCAAUGUAGAUUGCAUAUUACCAAUGGGAAAAGCAAUACUUUUUUCAGUGAAAUUAGGUAUGAUCAUGCAUGUAAUUAUUCUUCACAUUGGUUCUCCAGUGAAACCUGUGUAAGCAGACACCCUGGGAUAUUACCAUUAUAUAUUUUAUAACUGUCAAACUAAGAAAACUGUGAAUACCUAAGGCCAGGAAAGGCAUUGUAGAGGUAUUUCUGGUGUUCAUGGUUUUGUAAGUUUCACAUUCAAUUGAAAAUAUGUAAAUAGACUCACUAAAUGCUUGUGUCCACAUAAAGGAAUGUCCCCUUUUAUAAAUAUGGGGUCUGCCUGAUGUGCAGAUCUCACUGUAGACUAAACAUGCUAUACUCAAGCUACUUUUUAAAGUAAUAUUAUGUGAAUUCCUUUUCAGUAUGAUGGAGAGAGGACUGAAAUUCCACUCAGUAUAGAGAACACAAUGUGGGCUAACACUGUCAUUGCAUCAGGUUUGAGUCACAAAUUUAGUUUUUUAUUUAAAGAGAAUAAAAUCUUUUUUCUGUGCCACUGUAGGUGGCUCUAAAACAUAGAGGUUACGAAAAAAGGAAAAGAGUAGUGCGUGGGGAAAAAAUCCUGAUGCUCACGUUUUACUUCACUCCAUUCUUUCAUUUUUUUGUUUCCUAAUGAGUUCUUUUUAAGAGGUAGAAGGGUACCUAUGUCUCUAGUUUGAAUUUCAGGAACCUACGUCUCACUUUGUGGUUUCCUCCACAGUUUACUGUGGAGGAAACCAUCGUUCUUUCAGUAUUUUACCAUGGUUUAAUUUUUGCAGUUUUCUUCAUUUCUGCUCCAAUAUUUUUAAUAGUCCACCUUUGUGUCUUUUUUUUUUGUCAUUUGGUGGCAUGUUAGGUUCAAGAAAAGAACCAAAUUUUAUACAGUCAACUCGAACCCUCUAUAACUCGAAACUUCCGCUAACUCAAAGCACUUUUCAUUUUCCUUCAGAUCAUUUUCUUUAUAACUUUACCCUCGAUAACUCGAACUCCCGAUAACUCAAACUUUUUUCUAUUUCCCUUAAAUUCAGUUCAGGUUUGAAUUAUCGGGAGUCGACUGUAGUACCACGUACGUGUCACAUUAAAAUUUUGUGUGUAUCCCCCGCCUCAUUUCCCUGAGCUGGUCUGUGCUUAAAGAGCAGUCUCUAAGAUUUCAAAUUGCCGCAUAUAUGCAAUAAGCAGGCAGAGAAUUGAGCUGUUGGGAAGCCCUUUUUGCACUAUUUUUCUUUCGUUUCGUUUGAAAGUAGCUGGGGUCAUGCUGUUAUAACAUAGUAGCCAGGAGAAAUCCCUGGUCGCCAGCCCUUACUGAGAGCCCUGGCCUCGUUAAGCUGAUAUAGGCAUGGGUUUAUCAGAAGUGUUAUCCUUAGUUUGAUGCUACCCUAUCAUAUCAUGGGUUUGUUUUACUAUUAGGAACUGCUAUUGGAGUUGUUGUAUACACUGGCUCAGAAACAAGAAGCGUAAUGAAUACAUCAAACCCUGAAACAAAGGUAUGAAUUAACAGUUGAACCUCAGCACCAGCCUUGUAUUUAUCAUGCAAUUAGCCUGCGUAGCAGGCGCUUGGAAGUAGUGGGUACAAGCGUGUCUCCCUCGCGCGAGCCCGUUCUCUCUUUCAUCCACAACUUCCAAGCGCCUGCUACGCAGGCUAUCAUGCAGUUAACAGAAUUCCAGUGGACCCUAUUACCAGUAAGUCACAGUUAACACACAGCUCGAAAAAAACUUCAGUUCCAGCUUGUCCUUUUUGGUAUUAAAGAAGCUCUCACAUUUUGUUUGCCCGGGGUUACUAAGAGCUUGUCUUGAGGGCUUGAGGUCAAGUCGCCCCAAAGUCACCUCGCCCGAAGUAAUGUCGCCUGAAAUGUUUAGUCAAGUCACCCGAAAUUUUAUCAUGCCCAGCAAAAUCCUAACAUCUUAAUCGCUAUUCUUUCGUUUUAAGAACAAGAUGUAUUACUCAUUUGACGUGCUUGUUUCGUUUCAUCAAGGCUAAAGGAACGAGAUGUGUUACACAUUCAUAUCGCUUGUUUCGUCUCUUCAUCGCAUAAAGAACGGGAUAUGAUACACAUUCAUCCCGCUUGUUUGGUCUCACCAUGGCAUCAUUGCUUAAAGAACGAGACUUCAUUACACCAUUUUCCCGCUUGUUUUGUCUCAUUACAUACACUCUUUGUUAAAAUUUCUGGCGACUUGACUAUGAGUUUCAGGCGACAUGACUCAGGUUUCGGGCGAUAUAACUUCAGGCGAGAUGACUUUCGGGCGACUUGAGCGGUUACCUAAUAGGGUGCUUAAGCAACAACGACGGCGACGGUUACGAAAACGUCAGUUAAAAAGUGAAUUCGCGCUGCUUCAAUCUUUAUCGCGCUUAUUCCAUUUCGUUUACUUCGUCAAAUGUUGGCAAAUGUUUUUGGAGUUGAAUUCUAAAGGACUCAGGUAUCAAAGUUCAGGAAAAGAAAAAGAAAGUUGUUGCCUUGUGUUCCCGUCCUCGACAAAACGUGAACUUAGGCGCUUUCACGUCGUAGUCUUGCGGCGACGGCAAGGAAAUGUACCAAAAAGCGUGAUGCACGUGCAAAGUUGUUGUUUUGCUAAUCAAACCUGUUGCUUUUUUGCCGUCCUCUUUGCCGUCGCCGUCGUCGUUGCUUAAGCUCCCUAUAAUUUAGUUUGAGGAUGACUUGCUUAAACCCUUGCCCACUGGGCGGGUAAGUCGGCUUUGAAAGCUCCUUACCCAGAAACAAAAUCCGCUCGUCCUGACCUACCGGCCCUGUAAGCAAAGCCUUUUCUUAAGUGGCCUUCCUUUAUUAAGCAGCCUGUUCUGGCCUAGAGGGCGAUUGCUUGAUGGAAGGUCGACUGUAUCUAGUCAUAUAUUUCUUUGAUUAAAUGACACCCCCUUCUUACCUCAGACAGUUCAUCCCCACCCCACCCCCCCGCCAUCAAAACGCUCAAUCUGCCUCUGGAGAGAGAUGAAUAGGGUGAAAGGCUUAAAUUUUGGUUUGUACUAUGAAUCAACUACCGAUUCCAAUGACCCUUAGCAGCCUGUUAAGUGUGCAUAAAAGGGGUGAGGGGGGGGGGGAACAGGGGGAACUGGAAUUAGAGGGGUGUGAAAAACACGAAGGCGUAGGGGAAAUUUUGUGUUGUUCACCCCCAUUCCCCCUCCCCAGUGUUCCCUGCCACACUGGCUAAGUAACCCCACAAUGAGUAACUGAUUUUGAUGUUGAUUCAACCCUCUCCUCUAUAAACCACUCCUCCUAUUACUCACCGUAUAAUUAUGAUCUGACGAAUAUUUUAGAAUACUACUGAGCUGUUAAAGUAUUUUAUUACAGUACAGCUGAGACGCCUGAGGAAGGCUAAUUUUGAAAGCCUCAAAUAAAUCAGUCCAAUGCCAAAGUGCUUACCUUGAUUCAGUUUUGUUCUCAUCACUUUGCUUGUGUACAUUGUCGUAAUGCUGUUACCGGUCAUUUAAUUACACAUGUUUUCCCCCCUUUAGUUUGGCCUAAUUGAUGCAGAGGUUAACAACUUGACUAAAGUUCUGUUCGCAGCAACUAUGGCUGUUUCUUUCGUUAUGGUGACACUUAAGGUACAUGUUACAUCUACUUUACGACCACUAGGCCAUAUCUGACACCUUCUUUUAAAUUGCUUUUAAUUAUUAAAUAACUAAAAAGAGCAUGAAAUCGCUAAACAUAGGCUACGAGUAGUAUAGCACUUUCUCAGGGAUAUCAGAGUGAGCCAAUUGUGUAAGCAGGCGCGUGAAAAUUGCCACCCGCGAGAAAGCUGACCUGUAACCUGCGCGGCAGGCGUUUAAAGGGAUGGAAAGGGAAACUAACCUAAGGCACGCGAGUAUAUAAAGGGGGCGCAGAGGAGGGGGACCGCCCAUCCUAUUCUUCCUCGCAAUAAUUCCCCGUUCACUUCCCCUUCAAAUGCCUUCCACGCAUACUAGCUGACAUGCGCGCGCGAGUACAUGAAGGGUGCGCGAGAAAGAGGGGAAGCGACCAUCAUUUUCUCGCGCGCUAUAAUUCCCCGUUCUCUUCCCCUUCAAACGCCCUCCACGCAUACUAGCUGACGUGCGCGCGUGAGUACAUGAAGGGUGCUUGAGAAGCAGGGGAAGCGCCCACUAUUUUUCUCGCUCGCCAUAAUUUCCCGUUCUUUUCCACUUCAAACGCGUUCCACGCAUACUAGCUGAUAUGCGUGCUCGAGUGCAUGAAAAGUGGGGUCGUGUUCUUGCAGGCCAUAAUUUCACCUCUCUCUUCCCUUUCCAACACCUUUCACCCAUAUUAGUUGACAUGCGUGCCAAGUACCUGCAGGGUGCACGAAAGAGGUUGAGCGCCCAUCGUGUUCUCGCGCCCCAUAAUUUCACCUUUUUCCCCCUCAAACAUCUUCCACGGGUACAAGCUACGACAAUUUAUCAGUCAAAUAAGAAGUAAACGGGAAAGUCGUGAGUGAAAUGUUCCCAGUUAUGACUUAUGUUGUUUUAUUGACUUCUAGGGUUUCAAUGGACCGUGGUAUCGCUACUUUUUUCGCUACGUUCUACUGUUUUCGUACAUAAUUCCUUUGAGGUUAGUCUUGAAAUGCCGUGUAAAUGAAUAAAUAAUUUGCCAAAUACUUCAGCUUUGUAAGUUACUUACCGAAUACUUUCAGGGGUGUCUUGUGUCCAAGUGAUGUAGUGCGUUCCGUUUUAUCGAUUUUAAUGCGAGCGCCCGAAUCAGCUUUCGAAAGCUUAAACUUAAACUGAGAAAUUUGUUCAAUUGACCCAGAAUUUUGGAAGAUACGUUGUAUUACCUUAAUGCUCAAGCAACAAAUAUCGGGGCGGGAAAUUUUUUUUUAACGUUUUUGUUGAGAGGCAUUUUUGCAUGAUCAUCUUACCAUUUGUCAGCCUUUUUUCUAAAUUGUUCUGUAACUUUUAUCUGCCUAAUCAGUGAUGGCAAAACCCCCGCAACUUUUUUUAGCGCUUUGACUUCCGAGACUCGACCAAGUCAAAUUGAUAAAAAACAAAAAUCGUUUUGAGUUGUAGUUGAUUCGAAUGCUUGGGUUACAAAACCGAACAAAAAAAUCGAUAGUGCAUUUCUUUUAAAAAACCGUUGGUUUAUUAAGAUAGCCAGUUCAAUAAGCUUUAUUUGAAACAAAAAUAACGAUAUAAAAGAAACCUGACGUUUCGAUGGCUUCAUGUCAUCAUUAUCAAGAGAUGAGAAAUUAACAUGAUUCGUGGUAAUAUUUAUAGAAAAAGAAAGUGCGAAACGUGCAUGUAAAUUAAAGCGUGAAAAUGGACAAAUUAUAAUUAAAUGAAAAUUUUCGCACGGGUGGAGUCCGCUUGAGUGUUUAGCAUAGGUCUUUUAUCUUUUAUUAUCAACAUCUCCUGUAUCAAACACUCUAGUUUCCCUUGGCAUUUCUUGAGGAUUUUAAAGUUUUCGCCAAGGUUCGUGGGCAGGAACGCGUGACGAACGUCUGCGUAGGAGGCUAGCAUGAAACGUGCAAAUUUGUCUAGACAAACUGUUGCGUUAGCGCCUUUAUGUUUCUACACUUGUAAUCAAGAUUUAUUUUGCACCAAAACUUGUUUAGUGCCGUUUGUGAAGCCUUUUCUCUCGUUCAAAUUACAGUCAGAUUUGUAUUCAUAUUGCUCAACAGAACGGAUUUCUCAUGUUUGUGCUCCGCCCUAGUUUGAGUGAAGAAGCGCGACUGUUUGUCUUUGUUUGAAGGCAAUUGUUGCAAUGAAACACGUUAAUUAAAAUAAAGAUUCCGACGGUGACAAUAGUUUGGCAGUUCAAAGCAUGUGUUACGUGCGAAAUCUUCGUAAAAUUACUUUAUAUUUUCAGGGUUUCCCAAGGAAGAAAGUGAAAUUUCAGUUCAGGAAGAUUUUGGUCACGUGUCAUACACGCAAAUCUCAGAAAGUGAAAAAAGUGAUUCAUUAUUGACAGCAGGGAACAAAAUAGGCCUUGACAAAAAAAGCCUUCAGAUUCAGGCUAAAAGCUGUGAUUUCAUUUUGAACCCUGCAUGCGUAGAAACAUGCUGAGAAAGAACGGUCAGGUGUGGGAACUAACGUAUUUAUUUAUAUAAAUAACCUGUUUGCUGCUAUAAUUACAGCGCUCUAAAAUUAUCAACAACAAGAACGGAUAUAUCAAUUGACCAUGACUAUUAAGGUGGAGCGGUGCUAUAAGCUCUAACCAAGAAAACUAUCUUACAGUGCGUGUAGAGUUCUCUGGUGAAAAUGGGUAUACUAGCAGAGGUAGUUGGUCAAAUUUUGUUCAGUUUUACCCGAGGCGUAACAGAGCACUACAAUCCAGAGGAACCGGAAUUCACUGAAGAAUCUUUUGGUUACAAUCCUCUAGAAAGUACAGGUCGAGAAUGGUAUUGUCGUCCCGUUGAUGAGCUUAUCUAUCAAGAAUACAGCGAAAGAGAAUCUACCACGUGGGAUUAUCUGGCGUCUAGAAAUCUUGAUAUAAAGGUUAUCAAUGCUUGCUCCAUCGAAGAAAUUACACAGGAAGAUCGCAACAAGGACAAGGCAAUGGCUUGGAAGCUUCUGAGACCAUCCGUUCUCUGUACAGUAGGCAAAUCACUGAGUACUGGAGCUUUGAUCUCGCUGCUCGCCGCUACUUUCAUUGGUACAUUGUACACGGUUAUUUGUUACGCUUGUUUUAAUUUGUUAUCGACCGUAAACUGUGGACCUAAAUCAAAUAGACUGCAAACGCAAUGGGCAUUUACUGGUGCGUUUUAUUGUAUUUUUCUUUAUAUUUGGCCCUUCACUGUUUUGCUCUUCCUCUUUCGUCCAUUUCAGUUAAAAGGGGUGAAAGGAAAGCUCUUUCUGGUUUCAUUUCUAUCAUACUGCUUGGACGCACUCUAUCGCAGGUUUCUACGAGCCUUAAAGUUAUCUCAUGUGAGCAUUUCCAGCUUUUUAACUUGGUUUCCACUAAACACGAUAUUCAUCAUCAGCGUUUGUUUGGAACAGUACGUGGUGACGAAUCAUUUCUGCCCCCGUUCAAGAAAAAUAAAGAAGCUCAUUUUGUUCCUUCAGAUGUUAGCAACGGCUUGUUUUACAUUUCUUGUCGGACAGAUUGGUCAGUACUUUGUCUAUCCGUAUUACGUUAAGAGUAAAAACAAACUUUUACUUGCCCUAUUUUUUCCUCUCAUUGGAGUCGUUGUGAAGAUAAUCUCACGAAUAUGUGUUCAACGACUAUAUAACAUUACUCAUCCGGGGUAUUCUUAUACCUUGCUGGUGCCGUUGUAUUAUGGGUCAGCGAUUAUCUUUCGAGCUUUGCAAGCAGAUCUUGACAGUCUAGAGAACAUUGCUAUUAUAGGAAUUAUCCACGGCGCUGCAGAAGUUAUAGAACGGAGUACAAUGGUGUUCAUUGAUCACAUUUUUUAUUUGCUUUGGAAAAGGAAAUCAGCUCCUUGGAGAAGUUUCCGUACUCCUCGCCGUGAGAGACUCAUGGCUGAUAUCGCUAUCAUGAGCAUGAUGUCUGAAUCGACUGCUAUAGUGUCCGUAAAUGGCUUUAUUUACUUGUUUAAGUUUCUUUGCUUGCAAGAUAGCUCCCUUUUAAUGAUACUACUGUUAUUUGCCAAGUUCACCUUAGUUCAGCUGGUGAUUGAAUGGUUUUUCACCAGUGUUUCACUGGCGAUCGAGACUCGUUAUCAGAAUUUGGCUGUCAUGGCUGUAUGGGGAAGACGAUGGAAAAGACACAUUUUAGUGGCGGUUGUAAAUAUUAUUCCUUUAGCAGUUUAUACCAGCGAAGACCUUUCGCAACUUGUAAGUGGUCAACCUGGUGAUACCUGACGUUGCUUACGUGACUUGUGUUGGUCAACGUUAAAAUUAUUUGAGCUCUUGUGUCUGGCUUGGUCCCUGUAUAAGCCGAGAGCCUGAAACACGGAACGCACCCAAAAGACCUCUUUAUUGCACUGAACGAUAAACGAAAAGGAGCUCAUUGAAAGAAUCUUUCGAACCGGAUUCAUAAAACUAAAUCCAGUAUUUGGUCCCUUCAUUUUCAUCAGAGAAAAAUGGACAUUGCUAUUGUUACAUUUAGAGCUUACACUAACUUAAGAAAUAAAAUAAAAUAAUGAGAAUUUAUUGUAAUGAACUGUAAAUGUAAUGAAAUAAAGACGACGGAUAUUUCCAGUGUUAAAAUGUCUUCAGCAAAUAAGAUACCGUGUUUUUACCUUCAUUAAUUCACUACGGCUUUCCUUUUAGUUACCGGUAAUAAAAGUUUAAAUCUGAGAGGUUUAAACGGCCCAGUAAAAAUUGCUCGUGCCUUUCGUGCGUGUAGUAGUCUCAUUUGUUAUGACAGUUACCGCGUUGGAUUGGAGUAAGGGUACUUGUUAAUUUUAAUUUCCGUCUCCGGUCUUGAAAUGAAACUCUCAGAAACGCCACUGUUUCUAGCGUUCUGAGAGUGGAGAGAUAGUCCCCUAGAAAUUAUAUAACAUUUUAACAUUGCAAGUAUAACAGUUGUUUCUUUUAUUGUCAAAGAAAUAUUAAAGACGUCAAUUCUUUUUAUCCUGAAAACGACGACUCUAUGGCUGAAUCCUUAACUAAAAGAUAAACAUGCACAGUAAUUUUCAAGGAGUUAUAAUAACUCCUCUAGUGGGGCUAAAUUUAUAACUCCUUACUGUGAAGUUUUUUUUGGGGGAGUUAUUUUAACUCCAAAAAGGAGUUUAAAGAACUCUUUUUCAGGAGUAAAAGUGACCCCAGAUAUUGAGGAGUUAAAAUAACCCCCAAAAAGGAGUUAUCCUGUACCUAAAAUUUUUACUCCUCGUUCAGAGUUAAAUUAACUCCAAAAAGAGUAAAAACAACCCAUGUAAGGAGUAAAAAUAACUCCGUUUCGGAGUAAUUUUAACUCCAGACUGGGAGUAAAAAGAACUCUUUUUCAGGAGUAAAAAUGACCCCAAAUUCGGAGUUAAAUUAGGAGUUAAAGUAACCCCCAAAAAGGGGCUAUCCUGUACCUAAAAUUUGUACUACAUUUUUGGAGUUAUAAUAACUCCCUAAACAUUACGGUGCAGAAAACAAAAGAGCAACCAGACGCACAAUCCCACCUCAAGCGAACACCCUACUCUUGGGGCCUGGUAAAAUUCGAAAGAGGACUGGUAGGCAGUCUUGUGAGUUUCACUGUACACAGCAUGAAGUUCAAAAUAUAACGCUCCAGUAUUCGCAUUUUCUGAAUACGGCUAAUCCACUGCGCCCUGACCCCAGUUGUUGAAAAGGCGAAUAGCGCUAUCCAUCGGAUAAAUCACUACCCACUGGAUAGCGUAAUUAGUUUUUCUAAUACUUAUCCACUAGAUAGUGAUUUAACCGGUGGAUAGCGCUAUCCAGCUUUUGAACAACCAGGGCCUGAAAAUUAGCGUUUAUCCUGCGUUAGCUUGAAUCCCUCAUCGAAUGUCCCGAUCUUGUCAUUCAGUCCCUAAUUUGUACGGAUCAUCAUACGUUUGUGGGAAACUGCCCACCUACCCCUCCCCUAAGCCAUCAUUUUUCCCUAAGUGAGAAGUAAGUGUUAAUGUUGGCUUAGGGGAGGGGUACGUGGGACCUGGUACGAGUCGUUUUUGCCCUAGCUCGUUAAUUUUGUUGUGUUCUUUGCAGUCUCCGAGUAAGCCUGGAUAUGGGAAAAGUAGUGUACUCUUGGUUUAUUGUACACGAUAAAGACAUUCCCGGCACAGUGGUCCGUAGCAGUACGAUUCCCGAAGAACUGGGGCGAAUAGGAUACCUGUUGUCUGAUAAGACAGGGACCCUGACAGAAAAUGAAAUGGUAAUUACUGCAUCAUCUGAGCUCUAGGGGCAAUAAGGGGUUUUGAAUAUUCUCCGGAGGCAGAAUCACUUCAGACAAAGCUUGUACAACAAGGCUGGGGAGUGCCCCUUUCUGAUUAUCAGAAAAUAUUUUGUGACUAAUUAGAAGCGAGGAAUUCAAAAGCUUUUGAGGCUGUACUAGCUUGGUUAGAGCGAUUGCUUUUAGGAACUUGCGUCCUUGUCUUCAACUUUGUCUGAGGUGAUUUGGCCCGUAAAUAUAUAUACCGUCCAAAUUAGCUAGCGGCUGCUUGCAGGACACUAACCGGGAUACGUUAUCUUGUGCUUUUUUUUGUUUGGUUUUUGUCUUCUUGCUUUCUAUUCAAAAAGGAAUUCGCGCUCGGCUGUUUGGUUUACGUUAAGCGUUUGGAAUCUUCUAGUUAUUUUCCUGCUAUCUAGUUCUGCACCGCAAAACAAGAGAAACAAGGAAUGUUUGUGAUUUUGCUUUUGUAUUUUAAAACGAUUCGACAUUUUUUUAAAAACAGGUUUUCAAGCGUCUUCAUCUGGGAACUGUCUCGUUUGGAACGGACUCCAUGGAAGAGGUAUAACGGAGCUUCUUAAAAACUCAUUAAACAGUAUCUCUCUGAACUGUCCCUAAGUCUACGGUAAAAUGGGAAACAAAACGUGCAAUACUGCCGCAAAACGAGUUGAAUAGCGAUGUUGCGCGUUUUAUCACCAACCAAUCAAACCUGUCUUGCAACAAAGCAAGUUGCAAAAAGUUGUUGCAGAAAGUUUAGAAUAGUUUAGCGUGACUCCCGCGUUUGACCAAACGAGAAAAAUGGAAUAAAUAAGCUUCAUUCCCAUCAUUUUUAAUCUGGACAAGAUGGUAGAAUUAAUAUGAAAUAGCUUUUUAAGGGACCAUGGAAUCACUAUUUUCUGUUUUGGGAAGGUAGCUCAGUAUUUCCAUUUAUUGCAUAUUUAUUAAAACUUAAUCAUUGGAUAAUGAAAUUCUAGAGCACUGAUUGAAAUUCUAGAGCUCUGAUUGGCUGUUCUUAAAAGAAUGAAGAAAAUGCUUCCCUUCGAAACAAGGCGCGACCUAUAUUUAGCAUUUAUCCUUCCUCACUUCAAUUAUUGCAGUGAAACCUGGAAUUUUUGCAGUAAAAGUGCUGCAGACAAAUUGGAAAGGUUAAAUGAGCGCGCGAUCAGGUUUGUUUUCAGGGAUAAGUCCACAAGCUACUCGGAGCUUCUCAACGCAUUAGGCCUCUCAUCUUUAAAACAACAAAGAUUAAUUAAAAUCACACUGUCUAUUUUUAAUGCCGUCCACAAUUCUUUAGCGCCCAAAAGUAUACAAGACCUGAUAGUUCAUAGGAGAACGUUAGCUACAAUUUAAGAGGUGACUAUAUCCUCUCGCUACCCUAGCCAAAGUCUACUACAUAUGGCUUGAACUCAGUCCGUUAUAUUGGUCCGAAACUCUGGAAUUCAAUGCCGAACAUGUUUAGAAAUAUAACGAAUUUUAAGUCUUUUAAGAGAUCCAUUAGCCAAGUUGACCUAGUGCAAUUUUUAUAAUUUCGAUGCUUUUUUAUUGAAUUUAGUAUUUAUUUAGAUAUAAGAUAUACUUAUUAAGAUUUUAUUGUCAUAAUUUUAAUUAUAGAAUAUUCCAUAUCUAGUUUUUUUAACUCUUAAUUUUAUUGUGUUUGUGGAAUACCUGUAAAUUAGCUGGCAUGCUUUCACAGACCCCGAUUUCGGUUCCGUCUGUGAAAGCACACCAUUAUUGUAGCUAAGUGUAUUUUCACAAUAAACUCUUAUUGUAUUGUAUUGUAUUGUAUUGUAUUGGCUUAGCCAUCAUGGUAUAUGUGCCAUUAUUUCAUUACAGGUCAUUAGUCACGUGAAGGCGUCCUACGCACCAAGCGGUACCUCACCGUCCAAGAAGACUACACAGGCAUCAAAGGUUUGUGUUUCAAUAAGUCUUUAAAAGCUUAUUUCCGUUGAUUCCAUUUUUUUGGUGGUGCCGUUAGAAAGCUCAAGCAACAAAGACGGCGACGGCUACGAAAACGUCACUCAAAGAGUGAAUUCGCGCUACUUCAAGCUUUAUCGCGCUUAUUCCAACUCGUUCAAUUUGUCAAAUGUUGACAGAUUUUUCUGGAGUUGAAUUCUAAAGGACUGUAUCAAAGUUCAGGAAGAGAAAAAGAAAGUCGUUGUCUUGUGUUCACGUCCUCGACAAAUCGUAAAAUUAAACACUUUCACGUUGUAGUCGUGCAACGACGGCAAAAAAAUGUACAAGAGAGCGUGAUGCACGUGCAAAGUUGUUGUUUUGUCAAUCUAAACCUAUAGCUUUUUUGCCGUUCUCGUUGCUUAAGCUCCCUAUUGUAGCCGUACAAAGAAACGUAACCAAUCGUGGCCGUAUUAUUGUCGAAUGGUGCCUACAUUGAUCGUCUGGGCACAGGAGCGAUUGUCACCCAGAAGGUGACGCUUUCCGAACGAGGUACAUUCGUGUCGAGGUGAAGAAGCCGAUCGUGGAAUCCUCCGAGUCCUCAGUCGUUGGGCCUGCGUUUUAUUUUUAUUUUGCGUUUAGAUUAUAUAAUUAUUUACAAAAUUUGUUAAAAAAGCUUAAAGAUGUCUAAAUAUUUACAAGAGUUGAAAGGUCAACUUUCCUAAUAUUCCUCUUAAUCGAGUUCAGAGUUUCUAUCAUUCUUAAUUGUCUUGGCAACUUCGACCAAGUGAGAGGUCCCAUAUAUUUUAUUGUAUUCCUACCAAAUCGUACAGUUUCGAAUCUUGGAAGUUCGAAGUCACUAUUCCGUAAGUUAUACUGAAGAAGAAGUCAGAAAUAUUCAUGGGUACGAGACUGUGCUUAUAACUUUAAACAUCAACCUGGCAAUAUCUUGUAGACGCCGAUUGUACAACGUCGGUAGUUUGGCGCGGUCUAGCAGUUCUUGAUAGGACGCUGAUCUGGUUUUGUACAUCGCUCUUAGCGCUCGUUUCUGAAUCCGGUCGAGCUUUCUCCUAUCCGAUGCAUUGCAAAAGUGCCAGACUAGAUGACAGAGGUUAGAUGGAGCAGAACUGAAGACUUGUAAAGUGAUAGUUUAGCAUUACAAGGUAUCAAGUUGCGUAGCCGCACUAGGACCCCUACUUUUUGACUGGUCUUAGUGCAUAGUUCACUUAUAUGACUGGUAAAAUUCAGUUUUUCAUCGAUUUGAACUCCUAAAAGCUUUAUUUCCCCCAUUCUCUCAAUAGCAUGUCCAUCUACGGAUAUGUCUUGAUUAUCAUUGUCUGUUUCAACAUAUAUUUCUCGGGUUGAUUGUAAGUAGCUGAAACUUUUCUGGGUUGGCUAAGAGAUAGUUGUUCCCUUACCAGGAUAGAGCUUGCACUCCUUGGAUCGUGAUACUUUGCGCAAAACGCUUCAUUUAUUUUUUCUCUCAAGUGUUAUCCGAUGUUGUUGGUAAAUUGUCUUCGUAACAAUUCUGAUAAACCUAUUUAAUACGAUGCUUGACGACUAUAUGUACACAAAACACUUCAUUUGUUUUUUCUUAAUUUCUGGUUAUUUACAUCCACCUUUAACUCAAACCUUUUUUGGUUUCCUUUGUAUUUUUUAGUUAUCGGGAGGCAACUGUAAUAAUUGUACGUACUUUUAUUAUCCCUAACCAACGACCAAAAAAGUAUUUGUUUGUUAUAAGAGUUAUACUACUACAUGAGAAAUUUCUGCAAUUUGAUUGGCUUAGAGCAGUGGUAUUUCAGCUUAAUUUGAAAUACCUGCAUGUGAAAAUUACAAACCUUUUCCGGGUAGUAGUAUAAACAAAUAACAGCAUGAUUUGUGGUGAUAUUUGGCAUAAAUACCACGAGUGAUAUUUCAAAAUUGUUAUACGUAACUUCACGAGCCGUUAGGCCAGUGAAAUUUGAGACAAUUUUGAAAUAUCACUCGUGGUAUUUAUGCCAAAUAUCACCACAAAUCAUGCGCUAUUACCUAUACUAAUUUUAUGACAGCAAAUGUCUGAGAGAAAUGCGCGACCGAGACAAGCAGUUGUGCCAUAAUAAGAAAGAAACAUUAUGAAAUCGGACUUUCUUUCGUUGUUUCCUUUCCUUCUCGCUUAUCCAAAUUAUAUUUCGAUCGGUAAAGUGGAAUCUUCGGAGGAGAAAUCUUGCAGAGACAGGCUGUAGAGAUUUUCUUAAAUUCCGUUCUGAAUUCCCGAUUCAGCGCUGCGUAUAUCACUGGAUUCACACAGGAGGAAAGCCCUACUGAAGUGGAAUAUAGAGUAUAGACACCUUUUGGAAAGGCAUAUUGCCCUUUGAACAUACCAAUUACGUCUAUAACCACAAAAGGGAUCCAGCAAGUCACAAAACCCAGCAAAGUGAUGAACAGAAGCUUUGCAAGUUUGAUCUCAUCAACCGCUCGUUUUCUUGCGUCAGAACUCAAUUGAGCAACCGUUUUGUUGUGUUGUCUUACGGCCCGAAAAACCUUGUAAUAGCAAAAAGUAGUAACUCCGAAAGGAAUCAUAGCGAAGCAAAAAGUAGCCAAAAUGGCAUAGUAUCUGUUCAUGUUAUCUAGAUCGAAGAUGCAUAAGACUUUACCUGGAUGAAAGCUGAACCUUUCACCUGUGGCGAGAUAGGUUGUAGGAGACAAAAGCGCAAGACUCCAUACAAAGGCUAUACUCCAAAUUACGGUUUUCGUCUUGGUUUGGCUGUAUCUUAUAUGGUCUUGUCCAUGCACGAUUUUAAGGUAUCGAUUCAGAGCUAGUAACGCUAUAUUGAGAAGAGAUGCAGCUCCCAGUGCGGUGCCAACGAAACCCUGAUAUUGGCAAAGGGCUUCCCCUAAAAUCCAACCAUCUGCAAUGUUAGCAACAAGAGUCAGCGGCAUUCCAAGUGAGGACAUGAGCAGAUCCGUGACCGCUAGUGAUGCAAUGUAGUAGUUUGGUAUCUUGCGGAGUUUGGCGUUUCUCUUGAUCGCUAAACACACCAAAAGGUUGCCAGUAAAGGCUGCCAUUAAAACCAGUGCAGUCAGUGUGCAUUCAAAUAUCUUAAACCAGAGACUUCGGUUUGAUAGCUCUUCGGUUAGGAUAUCCUCCCUUGUGGAAUAAUUCUUCAUCAUUUUAAAUUAAAUAAUACAACUUUUUUUCAGCUUUCUUUUGUCUUGAUUAUCUGUUAUUCCUGUACAAAACAUGCAGACAAUGUUAGUGAGGGGCCUACCAAUUUAGACCUAUCAUGGAUGUCUUUUUAGCCGAAAGAAAAACAUGUCAUAUUGUAUUCUCUAUGUUCAAUAUCAUUGCAUGUUUUAGUAUACAUUAGGCAGUCAAACAAAGAAUUGAAUAGGAACAGAGAAAUAAUAAAGAGGAUAUUGUUCUCACGGUCGAUAUCACGCAACGCCCCAUUGAAUUGUCUAGGGCAUGUCGAUCACCUGAAAUAUACGAACUUUAAGAAACUGUUUAUAAAAUAGCAAAAACAUAAAGUAACCGUAAAAUGGUGCUGUUUGAAGGAAUCUGUAAAUUUAUGAGCUAUUUUUUCGUAAAUUGUUCUUUUCUGUAUUCAAUAGCCCAUUUGUAGCCUUAGGCAAUCUUAUUCAUUCAAUUAAAAGACAUACCAUUCUUUUAAGUAACUGCUCAGUAACAUUAAGUUAGAAGUUGUUUCGCACCCUCGUACACCGAGAUUGUCAAAUAUUAUUCUAAUUUCAGCAGGAGUGGAGAUGCUUCAGUUACUCAUUGCCAGAAACUUUCUUGGCAAACAGAGGUUCGUGGGGGGCAACCGGUUGAGAAAUGUUUACGGUUUUGGCAGCUAGAUAAAUAUAAUUAUGCCGUUAAACGUUUUAGAGUUUGAAUGAAUUGACGAUCAAAAAGGAAUGUUUCAAAUUCUUGUUCUCUGCCUACUGAUUCGUCCGUCCAUAGAUCACUCUAGAAAAUUUUGCGAGGUGGGGUUUCGAGAAGACAAGCAGCAAAUGGCUCAAUGCGGAUCAUUCUACUAAACCGUCCAAUUUCAGCAAUCUUACAUAAUCGUGAUAGCAGCAGUCACGUCCUCUGUUGUUCAACAGCUUAAACGAAGGUAAACUUACCUCAAUUGACGAUCGACGGCAAUAUUAAGAGUCUAGCGGUAGCGGCUCACUCUAUAAAACCUUAGACAUCCAAAGAAUUUGGUUUGAAGAACUGAAUGCGCUCAUGAUAUCAGCUUGUGAGUUCAAAUCUGGCCGGUAGACAGACGUCAUUCGAUGACGUCACUGUUUGGUCGAUUUGGCGCCAUCCCAGUUUAGGUUAAAACAAAACUUUCCGCUUCAAAAGGGUUGAUUAUUUCUCGUUACUUUACAGUUUCUCGAUCUUUUUUUGUGAUUCCAUUUCUGAACCUUGUUAUUCUGGUGUAAUAUUUUCUUUCCUUCUUCUGUUUGCUAUACUCGUUUCCUUCUUAGCCACAAUUGUGCAUGCGUACAAACCUUUUAAUGCCGAGUGAGCAAACUGUUUCGUGAACAAACCUUACAAACUGACCUUCCCCAAAAUUUCUGCUUAAAAGUGUUUGGAAGCUCUUUUUUGCUGACUGAUCUUUGACAUUUCACAUAGAGCAAAGAAGCAGGUGUUUUUAAUGACGAAAAGGAAAAUACACGAUAUUUUAAAACCAUUACAGUGCUUACAUUGUGACUGCACAAAGAGAGUUCCGGUUUGCUAAUGUAGCUAGCAUUUUCCACUGUGUUUUUGCUCAGCCACUUUAUCUUCAUGUUUCACAGUUAGCUCUUUUUGUUUUUUCAUAUAUGACAAUCAUUGAACUGUUUCAUCAUUGGUCAAAAGGCUAAUGAUUAUUCCCCCUACUCAAGAGAUUAUCCUCCAGUUGAGAAACUCUUAAGAUGGUAAUCUCCUUCAGAACCCAUCAUUUACUCACCUAAUUAGUCGAGUGGUAGGUUUGGAGCUUUAUAGUAAACCUUUAGUAAUGUGUUGCAAAUCUCGCUUUCUGAUUGGCUGAUGCAUUUGCUAUCAAGCGCCAUGAGCUCAGGAUAUGAGCGCUAUAUAAAUAAAGUUAUUAUCUGUCACAUCAUAGAGAGUUGACUGAGAAAAGCCAAGUUUUAGUCAAUAGUACUCGAUAAAAUUAAAAAUUAAGUAGAAAGCUCAUUAUCCUUUUGUAUUGGCUUUGGAAGUUUACUCAGGGCUUCUUCUCUUGUCAACCAUCUGUCGAUUAAAGAUUCGAGCUCCUCUUUUAUUUCGUUGAUAUUACAGGGUGUCCCAAAAGUUCGUUCCUCAAAUUUCAUGCAGUUAUUUAACUUUUGAUCAAAGCCUUAUUUUUAUUUCUCUAUCGAGUACAUGUAUUCAGAAUUUCAGUAACUGGCAUGCCCUUUUUGUUUUGUUUUUUUUUUUUUAUCACAUGCUGUAGCCGUUGCGGCAUGGAGUGGGAUACAGCUUGUAGCCCCACAGAUGAUCCAUUUAGAACUUUUUUUAUCACCUGGUGUGCAGGAGCCAGUUCAACUCCCAAACAAUAUUCGUUUAGUCUAGGCAGCUGAAAAAAUAUAUAUAUAUUGGGCAUUUGAUCUUCCCCUUCGUUUCUUGCCUUCAAAACCUUCAUUUCUCCAUGAUCAUUUUACCACCCAACUUGCGGAUUUUUCUAUUUUUUUUGAGCAGUUUCUACAACAGAUAAGCCAGUAAAUCGAAGUAUACGAUGCUUAUGCUCUCACUUAGCCGAACGUUUUUGCGUUGAGGGGGUUUAUCUGCCGUGAUAUUCACCAAAAACAAGGACGGAGUUCGAGCAAUUUGGGCUGUAAAAUACGAAACAUGUGGCUGGAAAAUAGACUCGUGCUCGCGCACGCGCACAUUUGGUGCGGAAGAAAACAAAUCGAAUAUUCGAGUCAAAAUAUCGCACAACGAGUUUAAAAAUAGUGAAUUAGAUUGAACGACACGACUUUUGUUUAAAAGAUUUUUCUACCAAGUCCAAUUGUACUGAAAUACAGACUUAUAAAGUAGAGGAACGAGCUUUCGGGACAACCUGUAUAUUCUCGAUAAUGUACCGCCCUUGAACCGGGGACUCGCAUUUUAAAAAUGUAUACGAGCCGAAUGUAAGAAUAAUGAAAAGUAGCAGUUUCGAGACAAAAAAUUAUCAACGCAAAAUUAAGGGUAAAAAUAAGAUUAAAUCAGACAGUAAAAUUUUAUUUUAUUUACGGUCGAAGCUAUAUUAACGGACACUGUUAUAAGCGGAACACUCUUUGCUGCCCUGACAAAAUCCUGUUUGAAUAAACGUCUACAUUCUAUAUUUUACAUUUCAGUAAGCGGCCAGUCUCCUGAGCUAACACAGACGCUCCCGAUGACCUGCACGGUCUUGAAUAAUGUUUUCUGUUAUUUCUAAGCUCCAGUUAGCGAACACUGUAUGGUUAGUCAUAGUAUUACAGUGCAUUUAUUGCAGUAUAUUAAAAAGGGACGUAAAGAAACGCACAAGACCUGUCGAAAACUGCAGGGGAGUUUCCCCGGAGAUCCGGUCUAACUCUACGUCGGUUAUCACUUUACUGAGAAAGCUCAUGAAUGGACCGGUAGCAGCAGCUAGUGGCAACAUUUGUAUGCUGAGGUCCAAGCUUACCCUCAUCUCCGGCAUUAUCAUUACCACAGUUACAACAAAUUUACCGUACAAUACAGCGGCCGAUCUUUACGUGAUACUACAGUGACAAAAGAAGGAUUGCAACGCAUGGCUCCCUUUUCUAGUCGUCGCAGUCACUGAUAUUAAGGCUUAGCUGAUAUACCCACCAAUGAUAUCGCGACUUAAGUAAUUAUACAGGUAAGAAGGGAAGCAAUUUGCUUUGUUGUGGCGCAAUAUGCUUUCCCCACAUAGAAAUGUUUUCAUUUUUACUCAGAGAAUGCAUAAAUCUACAUAAAGGCAGCUUACGAAAGAAAAUGUAUUUAAACUCCACUUUUAAAGGGUAUAUUUUUGUGUUAAAACAUUUCGACCAAACACAAGAGUUGCAAACAAUGGCCAAGAAAUGUUCACAAUUUUACACGAUCCGCACAUACGAUUUCUGUGUUACUUAGACUCAGACGAGAUUUUGUCAUAAGGAAGUUGGAUAGAAAAAGAGGGAUUAAUAUACAUGCUGCUUUGCGAAGAUUUCGUAAAAUUUGAUGUUUGAACCAAUCAGAACCAUAGUAGAGACAAUAGUAAAGUUAGCACCUUUUUGCAUACCGACGUGUUCACUGCGUUUUGGUCCUUUCCUUCUUAUCUGGACCAUUACUUAAUAAGCCCGUCAAGUCAAUAACCCGUGUUUUGAAACAUCAACUAACGAUGCCUAUCUCACUUUGACUCCAGUGGUGACUACCGCACAGGUUAUGGAAGCGUCAGUUACUGUCAUUAAGAGGCUUAUCGGGACUCUAUCCAAUCGGACGAUCAUAUUCCACCUACCAAGGGCGUUGGCCGGGAAUUAACAAAUUGACGCCAGUUUUUUUUAUUUUUUUAACUAGCGCAAUGUUAUUGUCAAUAACUUUCCUCAUUAAAAUAACCGAACAAGUAGAAGCGAUGUACGGUGGAGCUGUCUGUAGAGCGACUAGGCAAGCAGUUUCGAAAAGUUGCUAACCGAACUGUACGAACAGAAAUCGUGUUACUGUUGUUUAUACUUCAGUUGAAGCCUUGUUUUUCGUCCUGAACACCAUUCAGCUAUAUGAACUGCGUACAAUCAAACCGAAAGGUGGGUUUUAUACGCAUGUAGUCUUCAGUUCAACUUACCGCCGCCUGGUUAGCUCAAUGGGAUAAGCGCCGAUCUGCUGAGCGGGAGGCCGUAAGUUCAAAUCCCGGCCGGACCAACACUCGGGGUCUUUAAAUUACUGAGGAGAAAGCGCUGCCUUUGUAAUAACAUCUGCAAACGGUUUGACUUUCUAGUCUUCUCGGAUAAGGAAGAUAAACCGUAGGCCCCGUCUGACAAGCCCUUGCACAUGUAAUAAAAAAUCUGUGGGACGUUAAUGAACCCACACACUCUUCGUAAAGAGUAGGGCACGUAGUGCCUGGUGAAGUGGUCUCUCUCACUUUCACAUUCAUGUAUGGGGGCAUCAUUACUGAUUCCUUCAUUACUUGUAAACUGCACCUUUAGCAGUCUGGCAAAGUUCCCCAACAAGUGUUGUAAAUUAUUCCUGAAAAGCCCUGAGGGGAGUGGAUAAUAUGAUAUUUACUUUACUACUACCACUUUACUUUACCUGGUGAUUACAAAGUUUCACAGAGUUUAUACAAAAAGCUUGUUUUCCUUUCGGUAAAAAGAAUCUGAAAAGCACUCUGUACUUGCAAAAAGAAAACUACUGUAAUCAAUGUCUUUAUUUAGAAUAAACUAGACUUUCAGAAGUGUUUUCUUACUAUUUUUAACUUUAAAAGCUUAUCUGAAUCCGGCGCAGUUUUGAAGUAGUACAAUUUCUAGCAAGUUGUCUCCGCUUUGGAAACUAAGCGUUUUUGAUCAGUUGCCUCUGCUUGAGCUUUUUUUUUUCACAUAACCCAAGGACUAGACUGGUCGUUUUCCUCCCUGUACCACAAUUCUCUCUUACACCUACUUGAUACAUGACUCCUGGCCUGGGUUCAAGCCUUUUACUGUGUCAAAAAUAAAAUCACUAAAUUGGACUCUCUUCAGUCGAUUUGUUUCUUUCGUUUGAAUCCAAAGCAUAGCUUGAUCGGUGCUUUGGACGUGAAAUCUUGCAAAGACAGGCUGUCAAGAUUUUCUUGAAUUCCGUUCUGAAGUCUUUGUUCAUGGCUGCGUAUAUUAUGGGAUUCACACAGGAGGAAAGUCCUAUAGAUAUCGUGUAAAACUCGUACACGCGUCUUGAAAAAACGAACUGUCCUUUGAAAACACCUAUAACAUCUAUUAUCACGAAAGGUGUCCAGCAAGCCAUAAAACCCAGCAAAGUUGUAAAUAGAAGCUUGGCAAGUUUAACCUCAUCAACCGUAAACCUCCGCGCGUCUGAUCCAGAUUGCGCAAGUGUUUUGUUAUGUCGUCUCACCGUGCGAAAGACCUUGUGAUAACAAAACGUUAUUAUUCCGAAUGGAAUCAUAGCAAAGCACACAAUGGUCGUUACAGCGUAAUAUAUGUUAGAAUUGUCUAGGUCGAAGAAGCAUAGAACUUUUCCAGGAUGAAACCUGUAGCGAUUACCAAUGGCGAGAUAAGGGAUGGGACAUACUAUUGCAAGACUCCAAAUCAAGACGAUACUCCAGACGGCCACCUUUGUCUUGGUUCGGUUGAAUCUCAUGUGCUUUUGCCCCCGCACAAUCUUGAAAUAUCGAUUCAGAGCUAACAGUGUGAUGUUCAGCAAAGAUGCCGUUCCCAGUGUGGUACCAACAAAACCCUGAUAUUGGCAAAGGGCAUCUCCUAAUAUCCACCCAUCUGCAGCCAGAGCUACAAGUGUCAGCGGCAUUCCAAGUAUGGACAUGAGCAGAUCUGUCACUGCUAGUGAUGCAAUGUAGUAGUUAGGUAUUUUGCGCAGUUUGUCGUUUUUCUUAAUCGCUAAACAAACCAAUAGGUUGCCAGUGAACGCCGUUGCUAUAAGUAGUGCGCUGAAUGUGGUUUCGGUGACCUUAAGCCAUAGCUCCCUGCUAGACAGCUCAUUGGCUAGGAAAUCCUCCCUUGUGGAGUUCAUAGACAUUAUUUUUAACUUAUUACAUGGCCAACUAACAGCUUUGGUCGUUUGUGAUUGUUCCUGGUUUCUGUAUAAAAUAGAAAAGAUGAGCAGAACGUUCUGUUAGAAAUCUAAACUUCUAUCUUGUAAGAGUAACUUAAAGUGACUUAAAGUAAGUUUUUGUAGCGUGCUAAGCUAUUUCAUAUAGUUCAGUAAAUUAUAAGGCUCAGUGCUUUAACCAGGUAUAAAAUUGCUUGCUUCACAGUUCGAAGCAACUAAAGCAAAUGGUGGAGGUUACUUGAGGCGAAUGGAGCGCGAGAAUGUAUUUUUUAUCAGUAUUUUCUUGUUUACUUUUUAUUGUUCCUUUCUUGACUCUACAUCUGUCCCACGUCUAAAAUUUCAACGUUUAUAGUUUACUUUAUAGUUUCUGCAUUAGAGGUAUGUAACUUCCAUCAUUUCCAAGCUUGAGGCUACUGAGGAUGGUUUGAUUUGCACGUUGACCAAAACCGAUUUCGAAGGAGAUGUAUGUGAACUUCUCAUGCGCCUAACUACAUUGCACUCAACUGGGCAAGACGGUUAGACCAGCAAACCUGCUUGUUCACUAUAUCUCCCCUUUUAUUCAAUCCGGGCGCUUUUCAUCUACCAAAAGAUUCCAGAAGUUUUCGUGGUUCCAGCUAGGCUACGAGCAGUCCCCAUUUUUCCUCAGGGAUAGUAGAGCGAGCGAAACGCGAGCGCGCGUAAAACUCGCCUUUUCUCGCAUGGGGUGAUUUUCACUCGCGCUCACGUUUCGUUCGCUCUACUAUCCCUGAGGAAAAAUAGGGACUACUCGUAUUCUAGGUUCCAGAGGAAAAUUUCCGAGAGCAAUAGAACAUCUGAAAAGGUAGUCCUGUUUUUUCCGGACGGAAUGUUCCAAACCGAUUCGUUUCUCAUUUCUUCAAACCCAUCCGCCCAGUGUUUGAUACCAGUUUCCUGCUUUCGCGGCCAUUUUUCAGUAAAUGAAACGGUUUGCUCAUGUAAGUGAAAAACGUCCUCUAUCUUACCUUAACGUCGUGCUCACAGAGUUAAGGACGAGCGCAUUGGUCAUUUCGUGGUUACGCGUGCCAAAGUGAUCGCGCCUCAAAUCUGUCCCAUAGUGCGCUUCGACUCAACACCGAUUCAGUCUCAUGUGAAGCGUGAUCAAUGCCAGCGUUAUUCUUUUUUUGUGAGAGACUUGAACCGAAACGAAAAUUCUUACUACGAUCUCGGUUUUAGACACCCAGUGAACCAUGGGGCUUGACAAAAAAUGGGUUAUUUGAAACAACUGAAGGUUUUUUUUACGCUAUAUGUCUACUUCACGAUGUUCACAGAAAACAAUUUAGCCUUAUCUAAAUUGCAGACGGCUUAGAACGCUGGUUUACUGAACAUCGGCUUUUUCAGUUUAUAAUGCUCAUUCAUGAAUCCGACGUGUCGGCAUCAUUUAUCACUGUGACGCUAAUUUGCGUUGUCCUGGAAAGAAUUUUGAAGAAGUAUUGACAGACCCAAAACGACAGUAACUCAGUUGUUAAAAUAUUGCGGAAAAAUGAACGUUCCUUUCAUUAUUCAAUCAUGUUUUUCCGCAAAUAUUAUGGAAUUUGACUGAAUUUUAAGUUUUAAGUUAUUCAUGUGGAAAUCUCGACCAAGACGGAAGUUAUGAAAACACCAUUUUCUUAAUUCUUUGUACUUGGAAGUAGCAGUCACUUCAAGUUAUACUUUAAAAUCUUCAAGAAAUCUUUCUUAGGCUAUCGUAUUGAUAAUUGCUUUAAUUGAAACUUGAAUAUAUCAUACAAAACAUUCGCACUGAAAUGCGGUUCAAGGGUCAACAGGUCAGAAAAUGCCGAUACAAUAUCUCGUAUCGCAACUUCCUUUUACUGUCUUGAUUUAGCCAAAGGAUUGUGUAAAUGAUAAGACCAUUUGCGUCUAUUUUCCCCCGGGAAAGGAAAGCGAAAUGUUUAGUUUCCUCGGCUCUUCGAUUCCACUGCCCAUUGCCUUGGCGCAUAAACGCUCAUUCAUGUCUACGAUAGCGGUCAUUUUGCUUUUGAUCUAACAUUUAAUGUUCAAAGUUUCAGUGAUUGAACGAGGUAGAGCUUACCUUCAUCGACGAUCAAGCGCUACUGAAGAGUCUCGGUCGUUCUAAGUGAUCCCAUUUAAGUCCAAGAGAUUAAAUCUAUCUGUUGGAAGUUGACUACGAUUCUGACGAGGGCUUGCAGUACCUUUAAUAUGCCUGUCCUGUUGAAUGGGAAAUGCUAUAAAUAGAUAUUAUAUACCGCUAUUUCGAGAAAGGUUGUCGGAAAAAAUGUGCACGCGACAAUCCCGAAAGGUAAUAUGGGAUAUGAUCGAUACACUGUUUCUGACGACUGUAGCUGUCGAACCUACUUUUGUUCCUUUCCGUAAACGCUCGCAAACACAUUUUCAUGGCCUUUCGUGCCAAUUCUUUCAAAUUUCGCUGAAGAACAGUGAACUCAAAACCACCCAUAAUGCCUUUCAGGAUUGUCGCGUGCACUUUUUCCGACAACCUUUCUGGAAACAGCUGUAUACAUUCAUCAGCGGUAUUUACCCCACCCCUGGAAAUAUUUAAAUUUUGCUUUCGUUUGUUUUCAUGCUAAAUAUCAGCCAACAUACAGACUGUAUAUACAUUACUGCACUGAGAGUGAGCGAUCCAAGGAACAUAAAAGAAGCGCACCAGAACGUCUAGUUUCGAUAAAACUAACUGUUCCAAAGGUUAACAAUGGUCUUGGUGUGUAGAAAAGUCGAGGUAAAAUCCAAUUUCCCCUAGCCCCUUGGUGCAAAGACAGAUGUGGUUUGCUUUUCCCUCAGUCAGCGUCAACUAAUUGCUACGUUAAUUCGAAAUAGAGAAAUUUCUGCGGUCAGCAAACCUUUUUAGACUCUACAACAAGAAUCACCUUCGCAGAAAUAAAAUCGUUUGAAUAUUGCUUGGAUAGGGAGAGGACAAAAUGCAGAACCCUAAAUCAUGGAGUGCCCCACGGAGUACCUAGAAUGGAGUCAUUUAUUGGUAGAGUAAAAUACAUCAUCAACAUGGUGAAGCAUUUAGAUGAACAUACCUUUUUUUAUUUCGAGUAGUACGGCUUCACGUUUUGUCCUCUGCCACUUGGAUAAGAGAUAAAACGGACAUGACAUUUUUCAAUGCCAGUCUCGCUCGAAUGACUCCAGUAUUGGACAACCCUCAUUGACUCGAGAGCCGUCACUUAAUACUCUUGAGUCAUGGACCAGUGAAGCGGAUAAUAAUUCUUACUACGUGAACAAUAUUCAAUGUCCUUUGCACUGUUAUUGUACAAAAUAAUUUCCAUGUCGCCAAUACAUUAAGCUGUUUAAAGCACACAGUUUUUGUUCAAUCUUGUUUUUGGUGCGUCUUUUCAAGCACAUGUUUUUAACUCGCGCUACAACCUUCGUAACUACGUAUGAACGUUUUGAACUCUUCACACUGGAAGGCGAAAGCUCUCUGCAUUUGAAAUCUUGUGACCAAUAAGAAUCGUUGUUUUAAAAUCCUACUUAUUCUUUAAAUUCUAACACAUAUUUAGAUAAUUAUCGUUUUGGACUUCACGCUAUCUCAUGUCAUACGCUUAUUGGGCCAAACACCAACCACAUAUACACACAUUAUGUUUAUUCAAUAUCUAUAAUCGAACUCGCCAACUUCGCAGUUUAUAUCAGUAGCUAGAAACUUAUAUACUGGAGAACCAUCUCUUCUCCGAUUCACAAUUCCGAGGUCUCCUUCUGUAUUUUAUUCAGAAUAUUUGAUGAAAGCUCGUAUGCUAACAUUCACAUGAAAAGAGCCUUUUUUGUAUAGUUUUUUUAAAAAGUCACAAUAUUAUGUGAUUUCUACCCUGCCCUCUGUGAAUAAGAAGCUUAAGAGAUGAAACACAAAGUUAUGCCAUCAAAGCAAAAAAGUGUUCAAAGUGUGUCAAAUGUUUUAAUUCGCAAAUAAAAUUCUUACGCCAGGGCUUAUGCCGGCGGAACAAGUUUUCGUUUUCGCGGAUAAAGCUACCACAUUAAUCUUGUUGGGUAUUAAAAUUAACCUCGUUAAGAUUACCUCUUAACAAACGAUUUUGAGGUCUGUAUUUGUUGUGGGCAACAAAAGGCGACUGCAAUCCUAAUCUCCAGGUUGCUAGAGUGGUUUUCGUUUGAGUGUCGUAAAACCAAAACCAAAGUAAUUACUCUGGCCAAUCACAUAGGACACAGACAAUACAUUGAACCAAUCAAAACUGAAAGUAAUUACAUGUGGCUGACGCAAAGCGCGGGAAAAUGCAUGCAAGCGCGUCACAAUUGGCUUUGGUUUUACUUCUGAUUGGAUGAAAAGGUGGCGCGAAUCUUUUAAGCCAAUCGCAUCGCGUACAAAGUGCAAAACCAAUUACUUUUCGACACUCAAAUGAAAACCGCUCUAUUACGCUUCCCUGGCACGUUUGGUUGCGGUUGCAUGUUUGUCUUGCUUGAAGGUAUCUUUUUACAGAUUUUGUAAGGUUGUUUCAUGUGUAAUGUAGUUGCAUUGAGUGUUAGAGCCUUGACGUAUCGCAUAUCCUUUUCUCAACCCCUCCCCCCUCCCCCCCCCCUCCUCCCUCCCCCGCUUUUUUUUUACAGCCUUUCUAACUGGCUUUGGGAUUAUUCUGAAUUCUUGGCAGGUGCGUCGUACAGUUGUAACGCGAGUACACGAAGCCGUGAAAGCACUAGCGUUAUGUCACAACGUGACGCCUGUCAGUGAAGAUAUCAAUGGUGACCAAGCUACAAGGCUACGUAUUGAUAGCGUGACCAGUGAUGAAAGUGACGCUGAAGUGAGGGAAGGAAGGGAAGACAAGAUCGUGACGUAUCAGGCGUCAAGUCCGGACGAGGUGAGACGAAGAGGAAACGUUUAGUGUAGUGGAUUUACUCGGGACGAGGUGAGACGAAGAGGAAACGUUUAGUUUAGUGGAUUUACUCGGGAGCCCAUAAUGGGCUCCUGAAAUACCUUAAGCUACAGUAAAACGAGCAACAGAUUUCCAAUUCCACAACCAAAAAUUUACCGGAUUACAGAAUUCGAACUACUUUAGCUUUGCCGAUAUCUCAAUUGAUGAAACCCACCCCCAUCGACGCAGCUUUAAUAUUUCCUCUGCACAGACUAAUCGUUUUGUCAAUUCUUUUAAGGUUGCCUUGGUAACCUGGACAGAGAGCGUGGGACUGACAUUGGUUCAUAGAGAUCUGUCGACCAUGCACCUUAGAACUCCUUACGGGGAAAUACUCGUGUUCAACAUUUUACAGAUCUUCCCAUUCACCUCAGAGACCAAGAGAAUGGGUAUCAUUGUUAAGGUAAGCAAUUCUGUAGUCUUUGAAGUACAAACCUUUUCUAGUCUGAAAGAUGUUUUAAAAUGUGAGUCGUCAUUGAUCUUUACCUUGAGCGACUGUCAGAUGGCCCAUCAAAAAAUGUAUUUGAUAGAAUGUGAAUCAUCAGUGAUCGCUACAUGAAGUUAGUUUUUAGAUGAGUGAUCUCAAGCCAAAAUCAAAGUACACUACUCUGACCAAUAUAAAAUGGCGCAGACAAUCUAACGAGCCAACCAGAACUCGUGGCCAAUUCAUGUAGUGGCGCCAAGCGCAGGAAAAUUGGUACAAAGAAGUCACGAGACAAUAAGUUGUGGCUCCUAUUAUGGUUUAACUUCUGAUCGACUGAUCGAAGCGACGUGAAACAAAUAUCCGUUUUUGAUUAAGCGGGAGGUCAAGAUGGCUGGAUCCUGGUGAUGUUCGUUGUUGGCAUCAAAGCAGGCGCAAAAAAAACAAGAAAGACAGAAACUGAAAAAUAAAAUAAGCGAUUCCAAUAUCCAACCAUCUUGACCGAUCGAGCUUUGUCGAUAAAGGAUUUAUUGUUUGGUUUAGAGGUGUUUUUUCCUUGCGAGACUAAAGCAGGAAAUGCAAGUGAGCCAGAUAGGUCCAUCGUUCAGAUAGCCAAUCAGAACAUAAGAUUCGCUUUAUCUUCCCGCUCGUAGAUCCAGCUAUAUAAAAGGAAAAAAAAAAGACUUUAUUUUGAAUCUUUAUUGAUUACCUUUUAUUUAUGGCCGAUUAAUUGCAAGGUAAUCCUCAGUUUAUUUUAUCUUCAUUGUUAUAACGUUUAUGGUUUGUAUUGCCAUUGUACAACUUGGCUCCAACCAGCUGUAUAUUUUUAUUAGGACAUGUCAUCUGGCGAAAUAACAUUCUAUAUGAAGGGCGCUGAUACGGUGAUGAGCAGCAUUGUACAGUAUAAUGACUGGCUAGAGGAGGAGGUAAUAUUUCUAGGAGGAGUGGGUUAAAUGACAUGAGCAAAAUAACGACUAGGUGGAGGAGAGGUGAACAAUUCUAGGGAAGGGUGGGUCAAAUGUCAUACAGUGUAACGACUGGGUGGAGUGGUGGGCGAUGUAACAGGGAUAGGUGACUUAACUGGCGUGUACAAUACAACGACUGGGUGGAGAAGAAGUGAACGGUUCUAGGGAAGGGUGGGUCAAAUGUCGUACAGUGUAAUGACUGGCUGGAGUGGUGGGCGAUGUAACAGGGAUAGGUGACUUAACUGGCGUGUACAAUACAACGACCGGGUGGAGAAGAAGUGAACGGUUCUAGGGAAGGGUGGGUCAAAUGUUAUACAGUGUAACGCCUGGCUGGAGUGGUGGGCGAUGUAACAGGGAUAGGUGACUUAACUGGCGUGUACAAUACAACGACUGGGUGGAGAAGAAGUGAACGGUUCUAGGGAAGGGUGGGUCAAAUGUCGUACAGUGUAAUGACUGGCUGGAGUGGUGGGGGAUGUAACAGGGAUGGGUGAUUAACUGGCGUGUACAAUACAACGACCGGGUGGAGAAGAAGUGAACGGUUCUAGGGAAUGGUGGGUCAAAUGCCAUACAGUGUAAUGAGUGGCUAGAGUGGGGGUGGGGCGGGGAGAGAAUGUUACAGGAAGGGGUGGGUUAAAUGACCUGAAGUUACCACUUGCAGGAGGGAAUGUGUAUACUACUGGAGGGCUGUGUAAAUGGCAUUUUGUCUAAUGACUUGCUGAAGUGAGGAUGCAGUAGGCAGACUUAGCAAAGAAAACGCGACGUCCAUUGACAGUGUGAAAGCGCUCGGCAGAAAUGUGAGUCAUUUCAUUCUUUGCAUUCAAAUAAGGACUAAAUCUACCGCUCUGUCACUGGUCAAGUCGGUUUUUAGAUCUGCGCUCGCCGUUGUCACUGUCGCCACGUUGUCUUUUCUAAAUCUGCCGAAUGUUAUACUAAGGGACGGGUGGCUUUGAAGCGAAAUCCUUUUGAAGUUAGGUUAGAAUAUAGCGACAGUUUCCAGUUCAGCAAGUUUGUGUAACAUUUGUUUUAAUUUCCUGCCUUUUCAGUGCGGUAACAUGGCCCGUGAGGGUUUCAGAACCCUUGUUGUUGCCAAAAAAAUUCUUACGGAAGAUCAGUACCAGGAUUUUGAGGUUUGUUUAUCCUUAAUACCAUGCAUAUUAUUGUAGUAUAUGAAUGUUCGGAGCGUUUGCAGGAGGUUUGUGAAACUAUGUAGGUCUCUUCUUGAGUGUAAACAGCAGUCUUGGAGUUGCUCCCAGAGACUAAGGGUUAUCAGUCCCACGAAAUCUUCAAUAUGCAAAGUGAUUGACAGCAUGGCUUGCAAGACAAGGUUACACAAACGCUCUUCGUCUCGUAAUUUUUUCAACAAGCAUAAACGCUAAGAUGUUGGAGUCAGACAAAGCGGUUUCCUUGACGUCGCGAUUGUCUGAUCUGAGACAAAGUGUUACAAUCAUAUUUAUUCCACCGUUUCGUAUUUGAAUUAACUGUAAGUGAUCGUGUCAUUUUCUUUUUACAGCAUCGAUACACCCAAGCUAAACUGAACAUUGCUGACAGAGCAAGUAAGGUGGGUCGCAUUUCCUUUGAUUUGUGCUCGUCUUGCGUAUCUUUUCUUUCUGUUUUGCCAGUCAACCGACUACUUGAACUUUAUCUUACUUAAUCUUCUAGGUUAUGGACGUACAAAGAACUUUGGAACACGACUUAGAAUUGCUGUGUUUAACAGGUGUUGAAGACAAACUUCAGGUAAUUUUGUACGCAAAAACUGUUUCUUCAGUUGUGAAUAAUGACACUUUGAGAUCGCGUGGGAGUAAAGGAUCUAUGACUUCAAAAUACUUUGGGUAAAGUCUUACAUUCUUCUAAAGAGAUUUUCAAGAUCGUCAACGGCAAACAUUCACUAGCACCAGAUUAAUUAAAAUCUAACGUCAGAUUCGUAAGUCUAGUUUGGGUAAAGCAUAAUUGUCUAAGAGCUCGUUGCCUUCAGGAAAUAACUGUUGUUUGUUGUUGUUGUUGUUUUUGUUGUUUUAAACACAUUUUUACAGCUUCGACUUUAGUGAACUGCUGCUAUUUUCCUUACAGGUUGAUGUUCGUCCUACGCUUGAAAUGCUUCGAAAUGCCGGAAUCAGGGUGAGACAUCGCAAGGUUAUUUAAGGAACAAACACAUUUCCUUUGAAAACCCUUACACGGGCUGUUUUGACUUUCAGAUAUGGAUGUUAACAGGGGACAAACUCGAGACCGCUACCUGUAUUGCACAGAGUUCUCGCCUCAUUGCCAGAAAUCAAAUGAUACAUACAUUUAAACAGGUAUUUGUUUUUUUUUUUAACAUAACACGGGCACCCUACUUAAUAUUUCACCCAGUCCUCAAUAGUCAUAUUUAAAUACAAUCAGCAACACAGUUUGUUCGUGAAUGUAUUUGCGGAAUAAAAAUUCAUAUCUGUCUUUGGCGAACUUGGUGAAACUUUUGUUCUGGCUCUGGUUUCGCGUCUCGUAUUUCCGCAGCCUUGUUGGAAGAGUAAAACAAUAAAACGAUUUUCCUUUGGGAAAAAGUUUCAUUUUCAUGCAAAUAAUUUUUUAUCGUGACUUAAAAAAGCCUUAAACCAUGUAAACCCUAAUAUUAAAAUUCAGAUUCUUUGUUUGUUUUCACUAUACUCUUCCCAUAGAAGGAGUGGGGAGAUGUUGUUGAAGUAUCAGUUAGAUUCAUUUUGUUUGAUCAUGUCUUUAAUUCUCGUUACCAAUGAGUUUUGUAAAGCAUUCAUAUUACAAAGAGAAAGUUAUCUACCCACCUUCUCUGUUAUUUCUUGGCAGAUAAGCAAUCGUUCCGAAGCACAUUUAGAGCUCAAUUCAUUGAGGCGAAAAAAUGACUGCGCUCUGAUAAUCAAAGGAUAUUCAUUAGAGGUAUGUCUAAAAUGGCCGUCAUCCGAGUAAUUCUGGUUAACUCAGAUAUUUUACCUUGUGGUUCAUCAACUGAUUACUGUUCUAAUCUGUUCUGCCAGGUUUGUUUACGCCAUUACGAACAAGAGUUCAUAGAACUAGCUUGUAACUGCCCUGUUGUGGUGUGUUGCCGCUGUUCACCGCAACAGAAGGCGGAUAUCGUGACUCUUCUAAAGAAACAUACAGGAAAGAGGACUUGCGCAAUAGGUGAGAUAAUGAACCACUGUGUAUUGGGUGCCAUUUGUAUGCUGCCCAGUACUAUAUGAUGAUGUGCAGCUGAACAAAUUCACGUUUCUCUGAAGUCUUUUCUUUCUACAAUAUGCCAAUUGCACGAUGCCAUCCUUUUACUACUAAUACCACGAUUCAUCUAGUUUUUCUUUUAUAUUUUAAAAAAAUUUGGUAGUCCCAGCGAAAUUAAAAUAACAAUAGCCUUUUUACUUGCGCAAGAAGGCAAAACCCUGAAGGAUUAUGGUCAUAGCAGUAUAAUGACGUUUUCGUGCAAUUUGCCUAUGGUCGACUGGCCAUUUUCAGGUGUUUUGUAAUACUGGGUCGCUGAUGUUUCGAAUUGCACUAUGGGACUGUUUUGGGACGCUGUCGCCUCUUAUUAGGGAGAUUAAGCAAAGGCUUUUCUGAGCGACGAACGUCAACCGAAAGUGAUGCCUUUUCCUUUAUAAUAUGACUUGACGCUGCCAAAUUUGUAUUGCUAAGUGUCUUUAUUCUUAUAGACACGAUUUGGCCGAAAAUUCAGGCUAAACCACUGCCUAUCAAUGGAAAAGGCUCACUUUCGGUUGACGCGCGUCGCUCAAAAACGUCACUGCUUAAGCUCCCCGUUGGCUAUUGCCACGUUGCACAGGAAACUGGGUGAAAAUUGGUCUCCCAAAACGGUCCCAUAAUGCAAUUCGACGCAGCACCGACAACCCAACGAGAACACUCCCUGACAACGUGGCGAGACCUCGUGUGCAUUAAUUAACUUCGAACUCUGAUCUCGUUGUCGCUACGUCGCUUCGCCUGAGUGAAAUAUGAGCUUCUAGAUAUAACAGUUUUUCAUGCCAUAGUUACUCUGCCUGUCUUAAUUUUAUUUUAGGUGAUGGUGGAAAUGACGUCAGUAUGAUUCAAGCUGCUGAUGCGGGAGUUGGCAUUGAAGGAAAGGUGAGAGAAAAUGUCCUCUCACUAACGAAGGACCAAGAGACUCGCAAAAUAUGUUUGCUGUAACGAUGGUUGGUGACAUGGAGUUCUUUUCCAUAGUAUGUACCAUUACUCGAGGGAAGAAGAUCGUUCGUUACAACGAGUACUUCGUUAUACCAAGGUUCUGCUAUCGUGCAGAAGAUAGAACGAAAACCACAUAGGCGUUCGCCAGUCAACCUCAAUUUUCUAUUAGCCGUGAAAUCACAGUUAAGUCUCUCCAAGUGCAUCCUCGAAUCUUGCGCUGACUUACUGCACAAAAUGUGGCGUCUAGAUAGUCACGCCGGUCGUGUAGGGUGAUGGAUAUAAACAACACGAUCCCUGUUAUUUUUAAAAACGCUCUAUAGGAUGAAGGAUAAUGCGGCUAAGUGUAUAAAAACUUCGUGCUCAUUUUGAUUUCCCGGAGUAGGUUUCACAUUGCGUGAGCUAAUUGCGACCUUAGAAAACCAACACCUAACCGUAGCAAAAUCCGCUGGUAUUAACCGCUGUUUAACAGAGAUUUUCUUUCCAUAUCCAUGGCUUAUGCAUUAUUCUCUCUGUCAUUACAGGAAGGUCGACAAGCGUCACUUGCAGCAGAUUUUUCCAUCACACAGUUUAGAUGUCUUGGAAGGCUAUUGAUGUGGCACGGAAGAAACAGGUUCAUUUAUUUUUUUGUUGUUUAGUUAGAAUCUUGAUUUUUAAGUGUAGAUGGUGGUUGUGAUCACGAUAGUGCUCCUGCCGCUGAUUCUGAUGAUGACUACGAUGACGAUGGUGUUGAUGAUAACGAUUCUGCCCGCUGAUUAUUUUAGUGAUGAUGGAGGUGAUUAUGCUGUUAAUAGGGAACUUAAUCAACGACGACGGCGACGUCAACGAGAACGGCAAUAACGCAAUAGGUUUAGAUCAGCAAAACAACAACUUUCCACGCGCAUCACGCUUUUUUGUGCAUUUCUUUGCCGUCGUUGCACGACUACAACGUAAAAGUGUCUAAUUGCACGUUUUGUCGAGGACGGGAACACGAGACGACAACUUUCCUUUUUUUUUCGUAAACUUUGAUACAGUCCUUUAGAAUUCAACUCCAAAAAAAUUUGCCAACAUUUGACGAAUUAAACGAAAUGGAAUAAGCGCGAUAAAGUUUGAAGCAGCGCUAAUUCACUUUGUAAGUGACGUUUUCGUAGCCGUCGCCGUCGUCGUUGUUUAAGCUCCGUAAUAAUGAUGACGAUGAUAAUCGGAUGGUGACGAUGACGAUGACGAUGUUGAUAACGAUGAUGAUAAUGAUGAUGAUAAUGAUAAGGAUGACAAUGACGAUGACCAUGAUAGUGGUGAUGAGUUGUGGCAACUCCACUUCCUAUGUUUUGAUGGAAAGAACUUCCACCUCACAAAAUUCGUUUUGUUACCGUUUGUAUUUUCUUUCCAGUUACAAGAGAUCAGCAGCUCUGGGCCAGUUUGUUAUCCACAGAGGACUUAUUAUUUCCGUAAUGCAGGUAGGCUGGCAUGCUUUGCAUUUGAACUUCCCGUAUUUUAUGCGCCGAGCGAGUUGACUAACAUCUCCCCUGGCCAACAAGUUGAGCUCAGGAAUUUUUUUCUGCUGCAAAGUUCCCCCCUUUACUCACGAAGAUACUGGAAAGAUAAAACAUUAUGACAACUGAAAAGAAAGAAAAAUCGAGGGCGAGGGCGGAUCCCGACCGCUUACCUUAGCAGUUUUUCAAAACAAGGUAGAGUUCAUUUGGGUGUGAUUGGAAUGGAUCUGAGCUUCAACCAAUUCUUUGAACAGCGGCUGAAAAUUUGGCGAGCUGCAGGUGAUAUUCGUCCUUCGUGCGUGACCAACAGACCGGAAACGAACAGCGAAGGAUUUUGGGAACAAAUCUAAAGGAAAGAACAUAUGAGGAGCUGUAAGGGGAUGUUCGAAAGACAUUGGUCUUGAUGACAGUCAUAUUGUCUCUUCACAGAGACUGGCGCCCGUUGAGUCAUUGUUGAGUUGCUGAUCUGUGUUUUCUUUUUGUAUCAGGCGGUGUUUUCUUGUGUAUUCUAUUUUGCUUCAGUUUCCCUUUUCUCUGGAAUUCUUUUAAUCGGGUAAGUUGCCGUUUUAUUUGUUUCCUAGUGUUUCCCGUUCAGUCUUUUGCACAGUCCAUCACCCUCGGCCACAUGGUUUUUGCUCCGUAAAAGAGCUUAAACCAGGGCUCAAAAUCAUGUUUGCAAAGGGUUGGCCAUGUUGACCCGCUAAAACACAUUUUAGCUCGGUCACUGUUAUGGCUCGUUUCUGACCGGUCAAAAUAUUGUAUAUAUUUAUUUUAAAAUAAUAGCCAUGCAAUUCCGACAAAUAAUUAUUUAACUGUUUUUGUAACUUCCAGAAUAAAUGCGAUUGAAUUUAUUUUUAGUUAUUUAUUUGACAGCUAUCUACUUAACCGGUCAAAAUGACCGGCCAACUGACAGUUUUUCCGGACAAAUGGUCAUAUCCGUUGACCGACCGUCAUUUUGAGCCCUUUUAACUGAGACGUAACCAAACAGUUAUUUUAUUCGAUGGAGACUCCAUAGUUUUAUCAUUCUUGCACUCACCGAACGUUCACGCUGAAAGUUCUUGGUCGUGGUCAAUUGUCAUAAAGGCGACUACUUUCACUCUGAGGUGGACGUUUUAACGGUCAAUAAUUCUUUGUUCUCUGUAUGAACACUAACUGCACAAUACUGAUUUGCUUCAUUUUACUGUAGGUACGGCACGGCGUACACAAUGCUGCCGGUUUUCUCUCUUGUAUUGGAUGAGGAUGUUCCUUCCGACAUCGCGUUAAUUUAUCCUGAAUUGUAUAAAGAUUUAGGGAAGGUUGGUGAUAAAACUAAUAGUGUAGUUGUUGUCGGUAAUUAAAUUCAAUAUUUCUCGGUUUAAAUGUUUCUUCCCCCAUGUUUUGGAGUGUACUAACGUAUGAUGAUGCGUUUGAGAGGAAAAGAAAAGUAAAAUUUCAACCAUGGAAUGAUAAAAUUGAACCUAUUGAAACUUUGCGCCGUUUUUCUUGUUUCUUCUGUUUGUAAAUUGCAGGGCAGAUCACUUUCAUACAAGACUUUCUUUAUUUGGGUCCUGAUCAGCAUAUAUCAAGGUAAAUUUAAUAGGAGGGGUUAAUUCUCUCCGUCGUAAUAAUCACCGGGAAACCACCUUUAAUUAUACCAUACUGUCGAUUACCUCCAUCUAGCAUACGUUCGAGAAGAUUGCCUGAGGAAGUUUUUUUUUAUGUGUCAGUCUUUCAGUGUCAGUCGUUAUCGAAAGAAUGAGACGCAGGAGGAAUUGAGUUUUCAAAUCUUCCAUAAUUCACCUUGUCGACCUCUGUCCACCCCUACAUCCGCCCUUGGGCAUUGGACUGAACUGGUUAAUGUUACAUACUAGAAUAUUACAUAUGAUUUAGUAGCACUUUAAUGAAAAGCUGACGUUGCUGUUUGUUUCAGGUGGUAUCAUAAUGUUCGGUGGCCUUCUCCUUUUCGAUCAGGACUUCAUUCACGUGGUAUCCAUAACAUUCACUUCUCUGAUUCUCACUGAACUGAUUAUGGUAGCUCUUACUAUUCAUACGUGGCACUGGCUUAUGUUAGUAGCUGAAGUCAUUAGUCUUCUUAUCUACAUUGGAACCCUUAUUGUCCUUAAAGGUUAUUUUGGUAAGUGCUGUCCUCGCUAUAGACUGAAGCACCGUCAGUUUCCGUAAAUUAUGCGAUAUGUAUUCUGAUUUACUUUAUCAUCUUAAGGCCGCGGGGGACACCUGUCUAUGAAUAAAUUCAUAAGGCAAAAUUUUUGCUUGUGCUACGUCUUUUAAAACGCUUAUGUCUCGGCUGUUUUAGAGGCGAUUUAGAUAAAAUUUUACAGAGACAUUGUUAGUGUGUGCCCUCCCUUCACUCAGUGGCAGUUUUGCGUGCAUGUAAUUUCCCUUCAGUGUGUUACUUUGUGGUCGUUUUCGCAUAUAUAUUGGGUGCAUUAUUACAUUCGAUAAAUACUUAUAUGAUUUUGUUUUUGAUUUGAUAUACAUGUUCUUUGUUUUUCAGACCAAAAGUUCCUAAUAUCCUCGGAGUUUUUGUGGAAGGUUGUUGUUAUCACUCUAGUCAGCUGUUUACCACUGUACAUUCUGAAAUAUCUCAGGCGCAAAUACGCUCCACCAAGCUAUUCAAAGCUGACGAAUUAA